AUGCACCCUGAAUCGCUGAAGAUUUUGUGGGGAGCCCUCGUCCUGCUCUGGCCGCUGCAGGAGGAGGCUGUGGGGUCAGCAAAGGAGAGGCGAGCAGCAGGUACCACCCACACCUUCCGGGGACACUGCCACCCUUGUGUGACACUGUGUGCAAAGUGUGGACAGAAGUGGGGUGAAUGCCAGGGAUGUGUAUGGCAGAGAGCAAGUGUGGGGGUGUGUAGCUGUGAGUGGAACAGGGAUCCGGGCAUGCUCAGGCAGCUUGAGAGGAGGUGUUGUGAGCGUGCAAGGGGAGGCAAUGGUGAACAGGGAGCAGAUCUGUGAAGGUGCGUAGACAGGUGUGCGAAAUCAGGAUCAAAUGUGAUAAGGUGAUGUGCAAGCCUGUUAACAUUUACGAGCAUGAUGGAUGUGGAAGUGCUGGGUGGGCAUAGGGGUGAGGCAGUACAUGAUUCAGUACGUGCACAAGUGUACCAAAAUUAUUUGGACCUGCGAGCAGAAAGGGUUUAGAGUAAGUGCAUGCCAGACAGGCAUAUUAUCAGUAUAUGAAAGUCCUCUAUCCCUGGAAAAACACAUGCGUGUGCAUUCAGAUGGUAGUGCUCGCAGCAAUGAGUGUGAGCAGGUGUGCUGGUGCCUGUGUGUGCACUUGGUCGCGGCUGUGCACCACAAUUCUGCACAAUUCUUGUGCGCACGGCUUUGCAAUGUUCCUGCGUCGCGCUGUGCACAUCAAAUUGCCCGUGUGCUUCUGGCAAUUUUGCACCGGUUUUGUAAACAGUUUGACGUGGUUUGCCAGGUUCAGCCAAUUUUGUAAAGGUUUCCUUUUCUUCAGGUUGUUUUGGGUUGCGCUGUCCACAUGCGUUGGAAAUCCAGUAUGCCGUGCUUAAACCCGCAGCAGGAGCCCACUGGGAUUGGCUUCGCCGUGUGAAUCACCCUUUUGAACAAGCAUGUGCAGGGAGGUUGCUUCCAAAUGUUUCAUCUGCAGAGCUGCUGCACAGACUCACCCCUAGGCAUAUGGUGCUCCUGCUUACAGCCUUUGCCCCAGGAUACACAUUGGAAGAAAGUGGUUUUGUGUAUUUGGGAUAGAGACUGGCUGUGCACUACACUGAUUGGCUGGGGGCUUAAAUGACAAGCCCAUCUCCACUGGAGCAGAAUAUAUAUCAGAUCCAUGCAGAGAUUUAAGACACAUACAAUAUAUUAUUUUUAAAAGGCAGGCAGCCCACCUGAUUCAAUGAUAAAAAGCAUUGUAGGGACACUUCUUUUUAAGUAUAUGUUCUUCUAUCCUGACAUUUGCCAGGAUGUCUUGCACUUGUAUGUAUAGCAGAAUAUAGUAAAAGUCCAUGUGUGUGUGUGUGUGUGUGUGUGUGUGUGUGUGUCAGUGAUCCCGUUAUAUGUAUGUUUGUGUACUUCUGUCAGCCUAGUGAGUUUAUGCAAAUAACCAGGUGCCGUUGUGUGUGACAACGAUGGCAACCACCAACUCCCAUCUAUGUGGCAUUUCAGAUCGAUGUUACAAAACUGCCCAGCUAAAUUCGUUGUGGGUGGUGAGAAAUGGCAGCCAGCGCUUGUAAUGAAUCACUCAGAUGAGUGGUUCAUUAAGACCACAGUUUGGGCUAAAGGCAAAGUUGCUGGCCUCACAUUCAAGAGCUGUGCUGGCUGCCCUGAGGAAAAUGCACCGGUUUCCUCGCUGCUUUUGCAUGUGUACGGAAGCAAAAGUGCAGAAGUGUCUACUUGGGCACUUUUCAGCAGGUGUGAAUGGGGACCAGUUCCUCUGUGCAUGAAAGCAGGAGUCAGGCAUGUCGGUGCAGCAACAGAGAUGGUGCAUCUGUUUCCUCCUGUGUGCGUGUGUGGCAGUAAACAGGUUUGCACUGUGCACAUGGUGACAACAAGUGUGAAUUCACUGCCUCGAGAUGUACUGUGACAGCCAAGAGGUGUAGAUGGCUUUAAAAUGGGGUUGUGGAAGGCAGGUCUAUCAUUGGAUUUAUAGUCCUUACUGUUUCACCUGCUGGUUGUAUCUGUAGUUUGGGCGUUUUUUUAAUGGCUGUUUUUGUGCUUUAAUUGUGAACUGCUCCAAGAGCACAAAAGGGAUGCAAGUGCAGGAUAACUAAAUGGGACCCUCAAGGUUCAGAGGCAGCUGGAUGGGUGUUAGACUCAUAGACUCAUCAAGUUGGAAGGGCCCCUAAGCACCAUCCAGUCCAGUGGUUCUCAACCUGUGGGUCCCCAGAUGUUGUUGGACUACAACUCCCAUUAUCCCUGAGCUCUGGCCUUGCUAGCUAGGGGUGAUGGGAGUUGUAGUUCAACAACAUCUGGGGACCCACAGGUUGAGAAAGGCUGAACCCUGCAGUGCAGGAAUGCUCCCCACAGCUGUCCCUGGGUGGGCUUGAACCACCAACCUUCUGGUUAGCAGCCAGGCGCACUAACCCAUUGUGCCACAGGAUUAGGGGAGUGAAGGGCAACCCGUAGCAGUGGGAAAUUGCCUCCAAGCUCUGCUUUGCAGAGACAUCUGAGUGAUCACUAUUGGAAACAGGAUGUGAGGCUGCAUGGGCUCUUGGACUGAUCCAGGGAGGCUUUCCUUAUGUCCUCAAAUUGUGGGAGCUCCUAUGGAUGUAUUGAACUGAGCUGUCAUAGAGUGGAAAGCUGUUGUAGACAUCCCAUGUUGCAUUCACAAGGUACGAUUUGGAGAAAUGAUACACACAUUUUUGAACACACAGCCCUCCAAAAAAAGAGAGUCUUGUGGCAGCUUUAAGAUUCAUUGUGACAUACUGUUUUGAGGACUAGAGUCCACUUGAUCUGAUGCAUAAAGCGCUGUUCUCCGUCAGUGUGUAUGAGCAGUAGGGCCAAAAGGCAGUGAAAUGCAAGGGGAAAUUUGUGACUUGCCAUAUGCAGAACCAAGAUAUAUAUAACAUGCCCUCCCAACAUUUCUCCGAUGAAAAUAGGAUGUUGCUGUUGUUGUUGUUGCUGCUGCUGUUGUUGUUGUUAUACCCUGCCCCUCUGACUGGUUUGCCCCAGCCAGUCUGGGCAGCUUCCAACAUAUAUAAAAACAUAAUUAAACAUUAAACAUUUAAAAACUUCCCUAUGCAGGGCUGCCUUCAGAUGUCUCCUAAAAGUUGUAUAGUUAUUUAUCUCCUUGGCUGGGGGGGGGGGGGUGUCGCAUAACUCCAAACCAUUCAACAUUUCUCCAAUAAAAAUAGGGACAUCUUAAGGAAAAGCAUGACAUUCCAGGAUCAGAUCAGAAACUGGGACAGGUUCUGUAAAUCUGGGACUGUCCCUGGAAACUAGUGACGCUGGGAAGGUCUGAUAUAAUGUAAGAACAGAUUGAACAAUUCACAGAAGCCAUUGUAAUUUAGCUAUGCUUUGUUAUACUGGUUUCACACGAGUAGAAGGAAAGAAGCCCACAGUUCUGAUUAGGUUCGGACUGAGUCUAAUCAAAUUUGCUGAUGUGCUUCUUGGGUUGAAGAAUGAGGACUUUGAGGUCAGCAGCAGGAUGUCCUGAGAUGCUGAAAUGCCCUCCUAUAUGAAAGUUACCCUUGAAAAUGAAAGAUCUGUGUCUAUUUAUUUCUUUAUUUGCACAGAGACAGACCUGUUUGUCCGACAUAGACAGCAGAAAGGCACUGUUGGCAGGUGAUGCCAUUUUUCCUGUUUUGGGAUGAAAGGGCGAAUGAGACCCUGAUUGUAUGGAGGAUGUUAUUAGCUCCUGAAAUAGCACUGGCAUCUGGGUUAAUUGCAUAGCCUUGCCCCUGAAUUUGUAUCUCUGCUAGGUGUUCUGUUGCGGUUAGUGAAUUAAUAACCAGUUUAGAUUAGGAGAGUUGCCUUUAACUGAGAACAGACUCACCAUCCAAGGACUGUGUGAGAGAAACGUCAUUUUCCUGUGAAUGAGCGACAGACACAAUUGAUGAUACAGUGGAACAGUUUUAGCUGGGAGCUUAUUACUAUUUUUUAUUAAAUUUAUAUGCCACCCUUCAUUUAGAGAUCACAGCUUUAGGGGACAGCAGAUCACACACUGUCACUUUAUUUUCUAGGCCUGCCUUCCUCUAGGGCAGAGAUUUUCAACUUUUUUGAGUCCAUGGCUGCCUUGACCAACUACAUUCUUUCUGCGGCACCCCUGUGGGGCUCAAGAGCCCAGUUGUUUGUUUGUUUGUUUUUAUUAAAUAUUUUCUUGAUUUACAAAAGUGUGUUCAAUGUCUCUCUCUCGUAUUUCCCCCCCCCCCAGUAACAUUUUUACAAAUCAGUUUCAUUUGUUGAAACAUUAAGAAGAAAAGGGGGAAAGAGGUGGAGUGGGGGGAAGAUGGGUGGGGUUUCGGUCGGGUGGCAAUGUUUCUAUUUUACUUACUAUAUGUAGGAUUUGGUGUCAGCGUUGCUUGUGCAGGUUCUUUGCUGUUCACUUGUGUUCCUUUGGUGGUGAGAGAGGUUGGGGUUGGCCUAGGGUGUGGCUGUUCAUUUGUGGUUGGCUGUGGUGGUCUUUGUUUUCAUGUGUGAGUGGGGUGGGUGGGUGUUUUGGAUCAGGUUAGCCAUAUUGAUUUGUAUGUUGUUGGUGGAUUUUUGUCGAUGUCUUGUUGGGAUGUGUAUGUGAUAAAGGAGAGCCAUACCGGGGGGAAGGUAUCUUUUUCUAUUUGUCCCUAUGUCAGUUUCAGUUUAUUGGUUAAUUUUUCUAGUAGGGCUGUUUCCCAUACUAUUUGGUACCAUUGGUCCAUGCUUACUCCUGACAGGUCUCUCCAGUGUCUGGCUAUGAUGCUUCUGGCUGCUGAAAGUAGGUGGGUUAUGAGUUCUUUGUGCUGUAAGUGGGCUUGGAAGAUGUUUAGUAAGGCCAAUUCUGGGGUGAUUUCUAAUACUUGCUUGGUUAUUUUACUUAUUUCUCGUAUGGUUGUUGUCCAGAAUAGUUGGAUUUUGGGGCACCCCCACCACAUGUGGAGGUAUGUGCCUGUGGAGGUGCACCCUCUCCAGCAUUUUGGUGAGGUUUCUGGGCGUAUUAGCCCUACUUUUCUUGGUGUUAGGUACCACCUGUAGGUGAGUUUCAGAGUGAGUUCUUUUCUUUUCAUUGAUAUGGAUUUAAAGGGGGGUUUAGACCACACCAGGAGCCCAGUUAUGUCAACCCUUGCCUGCAGAGUGGGCAGCCUCUCACCCUUUCUCGAUCACCCUCCCUUGUGGAGUGUUCCCUCAGCCUCCUCUCCCCUCUCCUCUCCUUGGGAGUUUCCCAGGCAGCCACCCCUGUCUCUGAGAUGCCCACCCCAAAGACAGGUGCUUCCUCACACUGCCCCACAGGGGCCUGGGACUUGUCUGUCCACCCCCAACAGCAAAGGCUAGUGGACUGGCUGGCUGGGCUCCCUCACCUGCUUGCUUCAGCUUCUGGCAACCAGCACCCCCUGGCCAGCUCCAGAGGCACAACUUGCCUGCGGAGCUUGUAGCCAGGGCUGAUGCAUCAAACAGCUGUGCAAGCUUUUGGGAGGCAGAGAUGCGAGAGGGCAUCAGAAGAGGGAGGGAAGGAAAGAGGGGCAGGAGCCAGUGUUGCCCAUGGCACCUCUGACCAUCAUUCAAGGCACCCCAGGGUGCCACGGCACACUGGUUGAAAACCACUGAUCUAGGGAAUUUGUGCCUGACUUGCUAGGAAUUCUUUAGAUUAUUUGCUGGGGAUUGGGGUCCCUUCCAAUUCUACAGUUCCAUGGUUCUACUGUAUAACUUUUAGGAUAUGUUCGCAUUAGGGGCUUAAAACACAGUGAGGUUGUCCCCGCCUGCAUUUCAAGUCGCAUUUGCACAGUAUUGUUGUACAGAGAGGAGCAGGAGAUGUUUUCACCUGACGCACAUAACUUGGAUUAUUUCCCUGUCCCUGCAAUUCCAUCCUGAACUCAUAUUCACGAAGCUGCCUUCUGUGCAUAUGUGCACAAAGGCUUAAAUACGAACUGAACACAGCUUAAGUUUUCUAUGCCUGUUGAAGCUGGUUUGAGGGGGAAAACCCACACCAAACAGUCACAUUUCUCAAGAAAUUACAGGAUUGGGGCUAAUGGUGUGUGUAUGCUGCUUCAAAAGCUAGCCGUGGGAACAUACGGGAGAAAGCAGCAAUGCGUUCAUACCCAUGGAAACUUCGGAACAGCUCAUGGAUGACAUCCCCUACUUGCAUCUUCGCUCUGAAAUAGGCAAACCAGAUGAAUCAUCCUUCUAGCUCUGCCUUUAUUUUUAAGAUUUCCAGCUAUUAGAAGUGUCAGAGCCUGCCCCAUGAGACAGCUGUCGGAGAAAUGGACCUUGCUGGGUUCAAGACAAAGCUAGAUAUAGCUAGGAAGACAAUUUCUUUGUCAUUUUUUUCCCCUUCUGAUGCCUUGUGGUUCAGUCACACAUUCAUUUCUUUGAGUGGCAGCCUCGGGCCUGUAGCCAAAGAGUUUGUGGUGCGAGGAUCUAACAGGGAUGGAAAUCAAUGCAGAGCAGCCAGAACAACAAACAGAAAGAUGUGUUUUACUGUUAUUUAAUUCUAUCACUUCUUAGUGAGCAAUUGAGGAGAAUAUUGUCUGUGGGCUUUUCUUUAUGACCCCGUAAAUUAAAAGCGUGGAGACUCACUGCCUUGAUAUGAAAGCUGAGAAUUCAGGGAGAGGGAACUCACAUAGUCUUAAGGAGGAAGAGGCCUCCACAAGCCCCCAUCCUCUGCAAGGGCUGCAAACCUGGUCAACCUGAUUCCUACUGACUUCCUGUUGUUUCAACUUGCACUGUUUAAUCCUCUUCUCGGUAUACCAUCACUCAUCCACAUUUUGGGUGGUUUCUAGUAAGAUGUCCUGAAAGAAGGUAUCCACUAGGCUUCACCGAGGCUGCAUACACACUGCAAGGUAAAAGGUAAAUGUCAGGUGAUGGUGUGGUUGCUCGAGAGCAAACAGGCAAGACUCCAACCUGUCUUUUCCAGGCUUUAUUAUCUGUACAAACUAUCUUACAGUACAGAGUGUCACAAGUCCAUGUCUGCUCAGUCGCUAGCAGAAUCUGGGAGUUGGCGGUCCGUAUACCUUCCCCAGCAUAACAGUCGUGUGACCCCCAUCCUUCUCCUCCUCUCUCUGUACGCAAACCUACUGUGCAACGUGGGUGCUGGCAAAGGGGGACUUGCCUCCCAUCCCCUUUGCUCAGGCUCGGUGUUGAGGCUCUCCCUAGCAUCUUCUGUUCCCUGUGCCCCUUCUCCCUGACAGUAAAGGUAAAAGACCCCUGGACGGUUAAGUCCAGUCAAAGGCGACGGGGUUGCAGCACCCAUCUUGCUUUCAGGCUGAGGGAGCCAGUGUUUGUCCACAGACAGCUUUCCGAGUCAUGUGGCCAGCAUGACUAAACUGCUUCUGGCGCAACGGGACGGAAACCAGAGCGCACGGAAACGCUGAUUACCUUCCCCCCACAGCGGUACCUAUUUAUCUACUUGCACUGGUGUGCUUUCGAACUGCUAUGUUGGCAGGAGCUGAGACAGAGCAAAUGGAACUCACCCUGUCACGCAGAUUCGAACCGCUGACCUUCCGAUUUGCAAGCCCAAGAGGCUCAGUGGUUUAGACCACAGCGCCACACACGUCCCUUUUAUACACACUGCAAGCACACUCAAAGCAGCCCCCUCCCAAAGGAUCCUGCGAGCUGUAAUUUACCCCCUCACAGAGCUACAAUUCUCAGCUCCCUUAACAAACUGCAGCUCCCAGGAUUCUCUUGGGGCUGGGUGAUAUCCUUUGAAGGCACUUUAAAGGUAUGGUGUGCUCUCAGCCUGAGGUUCAGUGCAUGAUGCUGCUAUUCCACUGCCAGUCACGAAGCAAGAUACAGCUGCCAGUCUAGUCAGCUUCAGCCAUUGUGUAUACAUGCCAUCUUAUCCUACAAUCAAUGGAUGCUGAGCACUUGUUUUUUCCUACGUGGUCCACAUGCAAUCUAGGUGUGAUGUAUUUUUGUGUUUUUACGCUGUGAACCGCCCUGUGGUCCUCGGAUGAAGGGCAGUAUAGAAAUAAUAAUAAUAAUAAUAAUAAUAAUAAUAAUAAUAAUAAUAAUAAAUCUAUUGCAUUUUUUUGCCCCUGAAAAGUGCUUCUGGAGAAACUGGUUUCAAUCUGAAAAUAAAAGUCCAUUGUAGGUGGAUUACCACAUUAACCUGCAGUGUGUCCAUUUGAAAACACCACUUUCUCCUUUGUUCACCUAGGGAGAGGAAAAGGUGUGGAUAACCUAAUCAAGGGGCGGACUUUCAAAUGCAUAUUAAUUAACCACACCCAGCAUUGUCGCUGGCAGGAUCUAAUGAUUCCGGAUUGAGAAAAAAACUACAUUUUUCGGCUGCAGAUGGGUUAGUGAGUCUGUUUUCAGCUUCUGUGUGUCAUAUUGCAGUCAAAUCCAACAAGGCAUAUUCUUGCUGGUUAGUAAGCUUAGGGUCAACUGACCACAGAGCUGUAUUGCUGAUAGGCAGAGACUCAGACUAAAUAAAUGUAACUAGGGGGACGACUAUCAUAUAAUUGUUCAUCACCUAAGGAGCAAUGAAUGAACAGGACUUUUGAGGGAGCUCUGCAAAAGCAUCUCAUCUUCACAUCCUUCUGUAAUCAGAGUUUCUCCGUCCAGGUGUAUGCGAAAUUUCAGGGCCCCUUGUUCCUGGAAAGCACCUGAACAAUUUUAGUACAUCUGUCAGCAAGUCAACAAGGCCAGAACAUCUUUUCAUAGACAGCAAAGGUUAUCUGAGUCAAAAACAACUUGGCAUGCCGCGUCACUUUAAAACAUCCCAAGUUCACCCAGAUCCUUUGCCUGCAGCCCAAUUUCAGCUGGAAAACCGUGUAAACAGGAAAAGUCAGCAAUGCGUGGCCAGCAGGAAUGAGUCUCGUGGUCCUUUCAGCGUUUGCCUGUUUCAUAAAGUCUGUCUCAGCUUAAUAUUUUCACGCCAGGAAAUGAGAGGGAAAGCAGCCAAACCAUAGAGACUGACUAAGCCAAAUGGCCUUCUAGGCUUGAUUGGGAAACGAAAGAAAGGUUGUGACAUCAUCAUACCCAGAAUUCUGCCCCCCUCAAACAGCAGCCAAUGAAGUGAGGCAGGGGUGGCAAAAUUCUGAAUGCAAAUGAUGUCACUUCUGUUGCAUCAUGCAUUUCUUUCAUGAGAUGUUACAAGGAAAACAGAAUAUUUUGUUGCUGUUUUCUCAUCUUGCCGUUUGCCGCUCUGUGAUAUUCUGCAGGAAUGCGGUGCCAUGAGUAAAAAUAUAUAUGGUUGUGUACGCAGUGAUUUUGUGAGGGGUGGAGAAUCGUGUCUGUUGCGGCGAGCUCCUUGGAGGUAGGACAGGGCAUAAAUAUAAUCAAUAAAUAGGAAAUGAUAUUAUGCUGAUGUUCAAAAUGGCAGAAGCAAGGUUUUGAAUGAUACAAAGCUCUUCUUGAGCUGGAGAGGACAGUUCUGGUGUGGCACAAGAUGCUCCGGUGAGGUCAAACAAUUUCCCACCCAGUUACAAUGUUGUUGUUGUUGUUUAGUCGUUUAGUCGUGUCCGACUCUUCGUGACCCCAUGGACCAGAGCACAGGUUACCCAGUUACAAUAACUCUUUCUAAAAAAUAAAAUAAAAUUCUACUCUUUUACUCUGAGGCUGUAUACACACUAUAUCGUUAAAGCACAUUCUUUCCCUCAAAGAAUUAUGGGCACUGUAGUUUGUUGAGGGUUGCUAACUCGGUAAGGGGUAAACUACAGCGCCCAGAAUUCUUUAAGGGAAAGAAUGUCCUUUGAAAGUGCUGCAAAGGUACAGUGGAGCCUCUAGUUAUGUACCUCUCUGGAUACGUAACUUUCAGGUUACGAACACGGCAAACCCAGAAGUGUAUACUUCCGGGUUUUGCAGCAUGCACAGAAGCGGCGCCUCUGCCUACGGACUUUUCGGGUUGCAGACAUGCCCCCGGAAUGAAUUUAAUUUGUAUCCGGAGGGUCCACGGUAUAGUGUAUGCACAGGCUCAGGCUUGCACACUUAUAAUCCUAGAAUUGUAGAGUUACAAGGGUCUUCUAGUCCAACCCUCCGCAAUGCAGGAAUCUCAGCUAAAGCGUCCAUGAAAAAGGGCCACCCAACCUCUGCUUAAAAACCUCCAAAGAAGGUGAAAUAUACUCGGAGUCGAGCGUGGAUUUCAUGCUCUUUAUUCAGCUCAUAGUGGUGAGGAGGAAUGGAAGUUCCCCCAGAAUGUUUGCUUUAUAUACAUUAUUUACACAAUGGGCCCCAUGUGAUUGGCUAAUUCUGGGAUUCACCUGUAGGCCAAUCAGGUUGCGAAUUCACUUCCACCUGGAGCUGGAUUGGGUGGCUCCUGUGGACCAAUCAGACUGCUGCAAUCUGGACCCUAUUGUUCUAGGACCAAUUAGACUGCUGCCUUUUGGAUCCUAUUCAACUCAGUACAUAACAGAAGGAGAGUCUACAACCUUCUGAGGGAGACCGUCCCACCGAUGAACAGCUCUUACUGUCAGAAAGUUCUUCCAGGUGUUUAGGCACAAUCCACUUUCUUGCAACUUGAAGCCGUCGGUUCGUGUCCUUGCCUUUGGAGCAGGAGAAAACAAGCUUGCUCCCAUCCUCCAUGUGGCAGCCCUUUUAGGUAUUUGAAGAUGGUUAUCACAUCUCCUCUCAGUCUGAGUCUUAUCCAGGCUAAACAUACCCAGCUCUUCCAACCGUUGCUUCACAUCAGACAGGACAUGGAACACAAUCUAUACGUGACUAUAAUAUUCAUUUCACGUUUUAGAAAUCAAAAGCUGACGCUUCCAGCCUUCUCAACAUUUGAUGGCCCAGUAUAAUCCAGGAUCAAUUCAUGGGCUCUAUGCUUUUUAAAACCAGCUAGGCCUCUGAAAGUCUGAUCUACAAAAAAGAAAAAGAAAAGGUUUCCUUUCCAUUACGGCGGCCUAUUUUUCCUCCCACCCCACCACCCCUUGCCAAAAGCAAGUGUCCAGGGCCUGUUUCCAUCGCCAUACCACUCUUUGCAUCAGUGCAAAACAUCUGGAUUCCCAGGCCCCUCCUGGAAGCCACAGCCUAAAUGCAGCUUUGUGGAAGGAAGCAGGGCUAGGAUGAAUAUAUGCCACGGCAGCCCUCAUAAGAAGGAGCGGUUCCGGAGAGGAAGACCAGAAUAACGUGUCUGCUGUGUGACAUUGGUUCCUUAUUUCUAGUGGGCAGAUAUGGUGACCAACGCCUUGAUUUAAAUUGGCACGCCACGGAAGAAGCCUCUCUGUUACAAGGAUUUGAACAGGUGACGCGCAUGCAUGAAGUUUUAAAAGCGAGCUCACAGUGUGUUUACUGAAGGCAUCUUUCGAUCCCAACCGUUCUCCAAGGAAUUUAAGGGUAGCUUAUGCUAUGUACUGAAGUUCUCACCCUGGGCCAGCAGGGGGAUACUGUAGUAAGUUUUCACUCAGGUCCACAUAUGCAAAUAAGGGAUUAAAAGUGACGGUCAGUGAUUGGAUAGUUACAGAAAAUGGUUACUGUUGUGUUCUUGUUGUUGUUGUUUAGUCGUUUAGUCAUGUCCGACUCUUCGUGACCCCAUGGACCAGAGCACGCCAGGCACGCCUGUCUUCCACUGCCUCCUGCAGUUUGGUCAAACACAUGCUGGUAGCUUCGAGAACACUAUCCAGCCAUCUCGUCCUCUGUCGUCCCCUUCUCCUUGUGCCCACCAUCUUUCCCAACAUCAGGGUCUUUUCCAGGGAGUCUUCUCUUCUCAUGAGGUGGCCAAAGUAUUGGAGCCUCAGCUUCACGAUCUGUCCUUCCAGUGAGCACUCAGGGCUGCUUUCCUUAAGAAUGGAUCAGGUUUGAUCUUCUUGCAGUCCAUGGGACUCUCAAGAGUCUCCUCCAGCACCAUAAUUCAAAAGCAUCAAUUCUUCGGCGAUCAGCCUUCUUUAUGGUCCAGCUCUCACUUCCAUACAUCACUACUGGGAAAACCAUAGCUUUUACUAUACGGACCUUUGUUGGCAAGGUGAUGUCUCCACUUUUUGUGUGUGUGUGUGUUGUGUUCUAGUGGAGCUCUAUAUAAGCAGGCUGGCUGAACCCUUCACUUUAGUUCUGUUCUGGCCUGUGAGUAAACAAGAGCUAUUUGAAGAAUCGCUGUGUCGUCUGAUAUGUUCACCCACAACUUAAUAGCUUACAUGGACCCCUCACCGUGCGCUACAAUCUUAUUAUCACAACAACCCCUUGAGGUAGGCUAGGCUGAGAGUGUAUGACGAACUAAAGGUCAUUCAAUCAAGGUGCUUCCAGGCAACCGUGGUGUUUACUCAGCAUUUGUGGUGAUUUGUUUGCCAGGAGGUUAGAUGACGUUGGGCCAGAGCAGGUGCUAGCCCAUUCUUUCCAGGGCAUUUUUCUGUCACUUUCCCUAUUGCAAAAUAAAAAUAAAAAUCUGACCUUUUGGGGAUUGUUAUACAGUGGUACCUUGGUUUACGAACUUAAUCCAUUCUGGAAGUCCGUUCUUAAACCAAAGCGUUCUUAAACCAAGGUGUGCUUUCCCUUAGCAGCAGGGGACUCAAUUUACAGAUGGAAUGCACUCAACAGGAAGCAGAACAUGUUCUGCUUCCAAGGCAAAGUUCGCAAACCAAAACACCUACUUCCAGGUUUGCAGCGUUCUUAAUCCAAGUUGUUCAUAAACCAAGCUGUUCUUAAACCAAGGUACCACUGUAAUUGUGAAAUCAGCUAUAAUUGUGCAACACACAUUGGAUGGUGUUAUGGUUGAAUCCUACCUGAAAAGGCAGUCUAGAAGUGACCUAUGUUUUGUGGCUCAAUGGAGAUUCAAAAUCCUGCCUUUCAUGGACUAUAUGAGAAAGUAUUAUAGUCAAAUGAAAUUGCGGGCCGGAUUCGAGAUGGAGCAGCCGUAGAAAAACUAUUAAGUAACUGUAUUAGAGGGAUUUCUGUAAUAGAGAAGAGUUUGAUAUAUAACGCAGUAGAAAAGGGUUUGAACGAAAACACACUGUGGAACUGUGAGCAGGAAGUCAGUUUAUGAAACAAUGUAAUUAUUCGAUUUGAAGUCGUGAAAUUUUGGAAAUUUAAUUUUAAAAAGGAUAAUACAAAAAGGAGGUUCAAAUCCUGGUCACUGACACACUAAUCACUGUGAUUAUUAUCUCACUGUCAUUCUAGUGUCAAGUGGUGUGCUAGAAAUAGUGAGAGGGUGCUCUUUAGAUCGUAAUGUGACUUUUCUUAUUUCAAAAGGUGGCAAACCAGAACUUCAUGCCUUGGAAUGGGCCCUUAUUUGCUUGGAAGAGUAGGAUGAAUUGCUUGUACACCAGUUUCAUUUAGAAUGUUUAGUAUCUGGUAAUGGCUGAAUACAUGUGGGCUGGUUAUUGCCCUAUCUCUUGUUUUAGCCAGAGUUUUAGUACCGUAAGGAGAGAUGCUCAACUCAGGAGAGGCAACUCAUUGCCCCGCUUGCGGCCUUCUCAAGAGACAUCUUCUUACGUUCUUAACUCAAAAUGUACCUUCAGACAAUCUGCUUGUUGGAAGUAUAUGGGGUGGGAGUGAGAAAGGCCAUCUGUACUUUCUCAGAGGCACUGUUGCCUGUCUGGCUGUUUUGCAUGUUCUAGGAAUAACCCCUGGCACCAAAAACUGAGUUUUAAAGUUAUCACUGAGUGUAUUUAUUGCAGACCAAUGAAAGCCUUCAAAAUCCUGUGCCAAGAAAAACCUUCAUUUUGUAAGCUAUUAUUAUACCGUGAAUCAUCUAUACAGCGCAUUUCAUAAACAAGAUGCUUUGCAACUACUAAUUGCCAUUUAUAUAACGUUUUUUAAUUUGCAAAGUACUGCAUAGGCCUGAUUAGGUUUGUCCCUUUUAGUAACCUUCUGGUGUGGGUUAGUGCUAUUCCCGUUUUACAGAUGGGUGACUGAGGCCAAGUUGGAGCUGCCUAAGGCGCCCCAGUGACGCACGAGAGAGACAAAACCCCUUUGACAGGCGCCAAAAGUAUUUUAUAAAGGGCCCGGAAGAGGUUGGUGUGUUUGUGUGUGUGUGUGUGUGUGUGUGUGUGUGUGUGGCAAAUACAUGCCUUUGCUGCAAAUCCAUAUGCCAGGGGUCAGGGACUGACUAUGCCAGUAAUUUCCAAAGGUUAUGGACUUGGGCUCCCUUGCUUCAUUUUCAGCUCUCCUCCACCCAUCCCAGCAUCAAAUGUUCUGAACAUCUGAAAUCUUGGCAUCCGGUCUGCUGUUGCUGCACACGAGAAUCAAUGAACUAAUCCCAAUCCCUGGCUUUAGGAAAGGAACAGAACAGGAUGAGAGAGACCUGCAACAUAAUGUUGCAGUGCCAAGUGCUUCUGUUCCCUGUUCCAAUGGGUCAUCACCAGAGGCAUACCUGGGUUCCCUUGGCAAGGAGCCUUCUCGGCCCCCCCAUGUCCCUUGAGCCCUUGACAGAGGAGCCGAGCCAGAGUGGAGAGGCAUGAUUUUUGCACCACCACCCCGGCCUGCACCAUUGGCAGGGUACCAUCCUGGCCAACCCCUAGGAAUGCCCCUAGCCUCCUUAACAAUUUCACAUGCCAAUCCUCCUUCUACCCAGUUUUCCUUCUCCUCUCCUCUACCAAAACAGCCAGCGUGCUUCCAGACGACUUGUUUAUUGCGUGUUCACCCCGGUUCGUUUCCAUGGAGGUAAAGGUAAAGGGACCCCUGACCAUUAGGUCCAGUCGUGGCCAACUCUGGGGUUGCGGCGCUCAUUUCGCUUUAUCGGCCGAGGGAGCCGGCGUACAGCUUCCGGGUCAUGUGGCCAGCAUGACUAAGCCACUUCUGGUGAACCAGAGCAGCGCACGGAAAUGCCGUUUACCUUCCCGCAGGAGCGGUACCUAUUUAUCUACUUGCACUUUGACAUGCUUUCAAACUGCUAGGUUGGCAGGAGCAGGGACCGAGCAAUGGGAGCUCACCCCGUCGUGGGGAUUUGAACCACUGACCUUCUGAUCGGCAAGUCCUAGGCUCUGUGGUUUAACCCACAGCACCACUUUAUUAUGCAUUCGCUCUGAUUUCUUUGCAGGGAGGUUAGACGACGUUGUGUCAAAGCAAGUGUCGUCCCACACUUUCCGGUGCAUUUCUCCACCACUUUCAUUUUUGCAAAAAAGUCAUAACUUUGGGGGAAGCAAGUGUGUUGUGCUGGACCUCCCGAUGCAACUGCAAUUGCACAACCUGGAUUUCCCGGUAUGUGAUUAAAUCCCACUGAAAUGACAGCUUGGAAGCACCCUGGCAUUCCAUGCUCACUGAGCAUGCUCAGUCCUCAUUGGGCAGCUUUGUACUUCUGCAAGCCUUGGAAUCUCCCCUCCUGAUACCUCCCUCUUGCCUACUGGUGGUCCUGUUUAGGCUACAUAAGGCCCAGCACUCUCCUCAGAAGUUUGGAAACAGAAGGAAUUAUAUCUCUGCAACAAACCGCCCCACAAAGCCGUGCACAAAGGAAGACCUAAAAGCAGCAGCUUUUUUGGGGAAUGGAAUAGGCAGCUGCCCCUGUAAAUCUCUUGUGGAUCAGUGAGGCUCCUUUGACAACGAAGGGCAUUUAAUGCACCCAGGUUUGGCUGGCAGGGAAGGAAGGUUUGUAGCAGGGUCAUUCCUGCAGACAGCCUCACAUCCCUCUCUCUGUUUUCCAUCCAGGCAACCGAGAGUCAGUAUCAGAGUUUAAGGGAGCCAGUGUGGUGUAGUGGUUAAGAGCGGUAGUCUCGUAAUCUGGUGAACCGGGUUCGCGUCUCCGCUCUUCCACAUGCAGCUACUGGGUGACUUUGGGCCAGUCACACUUCUCUUAAGUCUCUCAGCCCCACUUACCUCACAGAGUGUUUGUUGUGGGGGAGGAAGGGAAAGGAGAAUGUUAGCCGCUUUGAGACUCCUUCGGAUAGUGAUAAAGCGGGAUAUCAAAUCCAAACUCUUCUUCUUCUUCUUCUUCUUCUUCUUAAGGGCACAAUUCAGAUAGGCAGAAGCACUCACAGAGCACGGGAAGCAAGGCUGGUGUGGAAUGUGGCCUUAGCUUCUCAGAGCCUUCCUCGUACGCUAAGAAAUCAUUCUUCGCUUUUCUUCCUCUCUCUACAGCUUGGACCCAGAGAGAUGUCUCCGCGGUUGGGAUAGAACCUCAUUCCUGGGAGAGAAAGACGCGGGAAACCUCGCCAAGAGACACGAGGACUCGGAUCAGCGAAGAUUUAAUUGGCGGGAGCCUGGCUAUUGACACUUUGACGGACAAUGAAACACAGAUUGUGGUGAGUGUCACAUGUAGGGAACAGCACGCAAGCUAAGGAUGUGUCAGUUGGGCAGAAAGUUUUCUGACUCGAGUAAGCCUUGUUUACUUUCUGAAAAACAUGUUUGGAUCAGAUAGGGCAGGGAUCAGCCACUGGCAGCCCCCCAGGUCAAUUCUGAACCAAAGUGUGGUGUCACUUGGACUUUUAUUUUAUUUUGUGUGUGUGUUUUAAAGAUGUUGGGAGUUCGCUGCCUUACAAGAAUUGAAGUUGCAUUUUAUUGCUUGCGUUUUGUAUUUGCGUUAAGCUUUGUGAGUUGCCUCUGGGUCCCUCCUUUUUUUUUUUGCCCAAAAGGCAGACCAGAAACCCACUCUUAACUAGUUUUCUCCCCCACUACCUGAGUAAGCAGUUCUGUCUCUUCCGCCUCUCUCUGUUCCCCCAAAAUUGCUCGACAGACGGAGGUGGCACCACAACAGCCAGGAAAAAAGGAAACGUAUUUUGUCACUCACAAGAGGCGUUGUUGUGAACCCCCCGCAUAUACGCACAGGAAUGUUCCUUGUUUUGAUGCUGUGACGCUAAACAAAGCGUAGCAAAUAUUUGUAGAAAAGCAGAGUAGAGGUAGCACUGAGGAAGAGAUUUCUGCAUGUCACCCCAAUCUUUGAGCAGCAAGAGGCUCCAUUUAUUCCAAGUGCCUUCCCAGGACUUGGUUUCCUUAAGGAUGAAGGUCAGCAGAGACUGGGGUACCUUUAAUAGAAAUGUCCAGUGCUUUUUUUCUGGGGGGAUGCAGGAGUACGUCUACCCCAUAACAUCUUUGUCCUUUUACUGUAUUUAUUUUUCCUGAUUUGAACUAUAAAAUGGUAAUUUUCUUGAGUCAAAAUGAGAGUACCCCUAAACAUUUUUAAAGGAAAAAAGCACUGUAUAUGUCUUUAUGUAAAGGUAAAGGGACCAUUAGGUCCAGUUGUGGCGCGCUCCGUUCCUUCCCCCCCACCUCCCGCAAGAGCCGUGCUCCCUUUAAAGGGCUUGCUCCAAAGUAAAUGGGUACAAGAUUAAACCAGUUAUGUAUACAGUAUAUGCUCAGCAAUUUAUUUUCUCCACAAAAAAGGACCAGAAACUAGGUGCGUCUUAUCGUCUGGUGUGUCUUAUAGAGCGAAAAAUACGGUAAUUCAUGAAGAUCGGCUGAAGAGAAGGGUUAUUGCCCACUCAUCAGACAAUCAGCACUCAUCAGACAAUCAGCCAGUUUGAUCCGGGGUUGGUUUGCAGCCAGGCAAUGAAUGGGCUGGGAAGGGAAGUUUAACCCCCACCCUUCUCAGCCCAGCACUAUGCCUGCUUUCUCUUAUCAUAUCGCCACCACCAAAAUGGGUGGGGUGUUGAGGCAGGAGGUGUAAUAAAAAUUUGCUUGUGGCACUGGACCAGACCUCUGGAGUGGGGUUUGGCCACUCCUAAUGUAGGCGUUGUACUUUAUAUCAGAUGCACUACCGUGGUACCUCAGGUUAAGAACUUAAUUCAUUCUGGAGGUCUGUUCUUAACCUGAAACAGUUCUUAACCUGAGGUACCACUUUAGCUAAUGGGGCCUCCCGCUGCUGCUGCUGCGCCACCAGAGCAUGAUUUCUGUUCUCACCCUGAAGCAAAGUUCUUAACCUGAGGUACUAUUUCUGGGUUAGCGUAGUCUUUAACCUGAAGCAUCUGUAACCCGAGAUACCACUGUAUUUGCAUUGAGCCUGUAUCCCUCAUAUACAUAUCCCCUGAUGUACAGUUACUGCAAAGGCCACAUUUUAUCCAGUGUUUCCUAAGACGAUUAUGCCAAACACUUCCCUUUGUUAUGUAAGCCCACUGAAAACUCUACGCCAAGGAUAUUUUUGGUCACAUUUCAUUGAAUAUAAAACUUUGUUUUGUUCUCUGCUGUUCUGGUCCUAAGGGACAACUUAGACGAGUCAUUGGAAACCUUUACAUUUAUAUAUAUAUAUAAAUAACCAACCCGUGUGGAAGGUUAUAUUACAAUUGUGGUGCUGGAGGAGGAGGAGGAGGAGAGGGAGGGAAUCAAAUUGGCUCCAAGCCAAAGGCCAGGCGGAACAACUCUGUCUUACAGGCCCUGCGGAAAGAAAUCAGAUCCUGCAGGGCCCUGGUCUCAUGAGGCAGAGCCUUCCACCAGGCCGGAGCCAGAGUUGAAAAGGCCCUGGCUCUGGUUGAAGCUAAUCUAACUUCCUUAGGGCCCGGGACCACUAGGGUGUUGCUAUUUAUGGACCUUGAGGCUCUCCGUGGGGCAUACCGGGAGAGGCAGUCCCGUAGGUACGAGGGUCCUAGGCCGUGAAGGGCUUUAAAGGUCAAAAGCAGCACCUUAAAUCUGACGCUGUACUCUACCGGGAGCCAGUGCAGUUUGAAAAGCACUGGGUGAAUAUGCUCCCAUGGCAGAGACCCCGUGAGGAGCCUCGCUGCAGCCUUCUGCACCCUCUGGAGUUUCUGGGUCAAUAGCACAGCCGUUGUGGCUAGUAGCCACGGACAGCCUCAUACCUCCAUGAAUGUGUCCACUCCUCUUAUAAAGCCACCCAAAGCCACCCCUUCCUCCUGUGGCAGUGAGUUCCACCGUUUAACUAUGUGCUGUGUUUAACUAAGAAUCCUGUAAUGGUCUGAUAGCUGGCAAGCAGAGGGAACGUGGAAAACGUCUGCUCAGACCGCUUGUGGGAAGGUUCGUGCACCUCUGUGAUGCGUUGGGAAAUGGGAGAGCUCAGGAGGCGCUUGAUUGUAGCAGCAGAGAAUUCCCCCGAGUGGCUCAGAUCAAUGGCGCAUUGCUUCUGCGCUUUGGAAUUAAGAGCGUGAGCCGUGUCUAGAUGAAAGGGGAGCGAAUUCUAAUGAGUUGAAAUCAAUACAGAAGCGCGGUGGGUGGGGUGGGGGGAGGACCCGCAAUGCACACUUCAGUGGUGUGGCGCCGGCAAUUGUAGCUGCGAAGUUUGUGCGCUCUUAGCUGUCAGCAGCUGGUGCAGAAAGGGAGAGGCUCAGCCUGACUUCAAGCCAUUAUCGCUUGCUGUGGGGGCGCAGAGAUGUGGGGGGCCUGAAGUGUUGACAUGCCUGCACAGCUAGGAUUUCAAGCUCAGGCACAGCAAUGGGUCUUCCACAUGGGGAAAGAGGAUUGCCGGUCUUUUUCAACCAGACUCUGCAGCUGUGCCUUGAGCAGGAGCUGCUGGAUCAGCAGAAAUUAGCGGAAAGAUGGAAACAAGGCCUCCCUUUAAAAGCGUUUUUUGUAAAUGAAAAUUCAGUACUCCUUCUGGCUCUGGAAAUAGUUCCUCCAAGGCAUGGGUAGGCAAACUAAGGACCAGGGGCCGGAUCCAGCCCAAUCGCCUUCUAAAUCCGGCCUGCAGAUGGUCCGGGAAUCAGCAUGUUUUUACAUGAGUAGACUGUGUCCUUUUAUUUAAAAUGCAUCUCUGGGUUAUUUGUAGGGCAUAGGAAUUUGUUCAUUCCCCCCCCCCCAAAAAAAAAGUCCGCCCGCCCCCCACAAGGUGUGAGGGACAGUGGACUGGCCCCCUGCUGAAAAAGUUUGCUGACUCCUGCUCCAAGGCAUGAUUAAAUAAAUAAAUAAAUAAAGCAACAAUACAUUUGAAAAGAAUGUUCAACCCACCAAAAAGAAGAAGAAGAUGAUGAUGAUGAUAAGAUAAGCAAAACCGCAGCAUUGAAAAGCAUUGGGCCAGAGACCCAGACUGUGUUUGUUGGAUUUCGUUCCCAUUCAAAACAAUGGGACAACUUAGUCAAGUCGCAUUGAUUUCAUUGGGAACUAAUGACCAGUCCACCCCAUGCAUUUGUGAUGAUGGCUGUGUGCUCCAGCAUGCUCUCUUGUGUUGCUGCCAUCUUGUAGUUUAUUGAGAAAUAAUUGCUGUUUGAUGCAUACCCCCUCAAACUGGCUUCUAUCCAAUCUGGAAACAUAAGCCACGGUCAAGCUGAGGUGCGUAAAUUUGAGACAGUCAUUGCACGUGCUCAGAUGACAGCUUACUUUAGCUGGCAUGGGGAGGGGCACUGUAAGUUUGGGGAAACAAAUCAGGUAAUAUGCAUUAGAUGAAGACAUCCCUGCCCUCGCCAUUUACCUUCCCACCGCAGUGGUCCCUAUUUAUCUACUUGCACUGGUGUGCUUUCGAACUGCUAGGUUGGCAGGAGCUGGGACAGAGCAAUGGAAGCUUACUACCAUCACGGGGAUUCGAACCGCCGACCUUCUGAUCAGCAAGCCCAAGAGGCUCAGUGGUUUAGACCACAGUGCCACCCCUGUCCCUGUACAGCGCAAUUGAAGUACAUGGCAUCCCCCCAGUGAAUGGGGUACUGUAGUUUACCCCUCACAGAGCUACAAUUCCCAGCACCCUGAUCAAAUUACAGUUCCCAGGAUUCUUUGGAGAAACUAAGUGCUUCAAAUGUAAGGUGUGGAUGUGACCUUGUGCAGCUAACUUAGUCUGAAUUCAACCUAUGCAAAGCCUGGCAGGGCAAAAAAGUUAUUAUCCUCCUACCUGCAAAGAAAGGCCAUCUUAUCUUCCUUUGGGAGGGAAUUCUGCAAUUAGGGCUGCCACCAAAAAGGCCCUGUCCCGCGUUUGCACAAAUCACACCUGCCUGGGUGACGGAAUGCAGAGCAGGGCCUCUGAAGAUAGCAUAAAUUGAAGGGCAGGUUCAUGGAGAUGAAGAUUAUCCUCUGCUCAUUCUUGCAACUCAAACUACAGCUGACAGUUUAAAAGUUGGCAGGUUUUAGAAGACAUCUCUAAUCUAUUCUAAUUGGAGUCCCCAAAGCAGAAUAAGUGAUAGCAUUCUGCACAUAAUUUUAUUAUGUCCUAAACUUAAAACAUCUCUAAUAAAUGCCUGGUGGACCUUUUCCCCACUGGCCUUUUUAAAACUACCAGGAACAAACUCCAUAGAUGUCCUAGGUAGCUUGUCACCGUAGCUGGACUCUUUUUAGGAUUAAGAAAUUUGCCCUGAUGUUUAAAAAACGAAACCUACCUUCCUUAUGCUAGAUCUGGGAGAAAAACAGGAGGAGGGAAUUUAUGCUGGAGGCAACGGCACCCCAGGAGGGCUUGGCUGCUGCCCAAGGCUGUUGGCUCAGAGCAGAAUUCAGCAGGCUUUGCUGAGACAUUGGCAGAGGCAGCAUGCCAGCAUCUCCCAAGCAGGCAUUGCCAAGUGGAACUCAGCGAUGGGUGGUUUUGAGAAGCCAAUGGGUGUCUCCCCAGAAUGGAGUAGGUCAUGUAUGGUGUGUGUCAUGUGCUUGAUCAUGGGUGUGACGUCGGUAAGACCCUGAUUAUAGCUUCUUUUGGGGGAAACCAGGGCCUCUUAUUUCAUUACUAAAUUUGGGUCCUGCUCUGCUGCACUCGCAGUCCUGCUGCCGUUUCAACGCUACGCUCCUUUUCUCUCCUGACUUACCCCAAUCUCCCUUUCCUGUACGUUGUAGCUUUUUGGAAUGACGCAGCCCUUUGAAUGUAGUGAAAUGAAAACUCAGGCUUGAGGAAGGACCCGCCAUGGGUGCUUUUUGAGGUGCCCCAGGAGCAAAGAGGAGGUCGAGCCAUUUGGCAAACCCUGCUUCCCACUCAUCUUUCACCUUCAUCAGUGACAUUGCUUCUUAUAAACAUGGGGUGCAUACUGUAUACAGUGGUACCUCAGGUUAAGAACUUAAUUCGUUCCGGAGGUCCGUUCUUAACCUGAAACUGUUCUUAACCUGAGACACCACUUUAGCUAAUGGGGACUCCUGCUGUCGCCACGCCGCCGCUGCGCGAUUUCUGUUCUCACCCUGAAGCAAAGUUCUUAACCUGAGGUACUAUUUCUGGGUUAGCAGAGUCUGUAACCUGAAGCGUCUGUAACCCGAGGUACCACUGUGUAUAAAGGUAAAGGGACCCCUGACCAUUAGGUCCAGUCGUGGACGACUCUGGGGUUGCGGCACUCAUCUUGCUUUACUGGCCGAGGGAGCCGGCGUACAGCUUCCGGGUCAUGUGGCCACUAUGACUAAGCCACUUCUGGCGAACCAGAGCAGCGCACGGAACCGCCAUUUACCUUCCUGCUGGAGCGGUACCUAUUUAUCUACUUGCACUUUGACGUGCUUUCGAACUGCUAGGUUGGCAGGAGCAGGGACCGAGCAACAGGAGCUCACCCCGUCACGGGGAUUCAAACUGCCAACCUUCUGAUCAGCAAGCCCUAGGCUCUGUGGUUUAGACCACAGCGCCACCCGCAUCCAGACAUUUAAAAAGCGCAUUUAAGUGCAUCCCCAAUGCUCAAGAAUCCUUGGAACUGUAGCUUGUCAAGGAAGUCGAAGCUCUGUGAGCAGAGCUUCCCCCCCCCAGCCCAAACUCGCAGGAACUGAGUUCCGACACCUGUCAGGUGGGCUGCACACUAUUGCCAUUAUAAGACAUCAUGGUGAGUUCCAGCAUCUCUUUUUCUAAAAGAAUAGCACUGUCUGUGAGGCUUAAACUACAAUACCCAGGAUUCUUUGGGAGCGGGGAAUGUGCUUUAAUUGUACGAUGUGUACACGUAUUGAUAUUAACCUGGCAGAGGUGAAUGCUCUUUAAAACAAAGGAACGGGGGGGGGGGAUAAUGAGGAAUCAAAGAAUCACAGAAUUCUGGAGUUGGAAGGGACCCUGAGGAUCAUUUAGUCCAGGCAUAGGCAAGCUCGGCCCUCCAGAUGUUUUGGGACUACAACUCCCAUCAUCCCUAGCUAACAGGACUAGUGGUCAGGGAUGAUGCAAGUAGUUGUCCCAAAACAUCUGGAGGUCAGUUUUCGCCUAUGCCUGAUCUAGUCCAACCCCCUGCAAUGCAGGAAUAUGCAGCUGCAGGAACCUGCAACCUUGGCAUCAUCAGCGCCGUGCUCUAACCAUCUGAGCUAAAUGUAUGUUAAUGGAAUAACAAAUAGCCCAUCUUACUUUGCACAGGUAUCAAAUUAUGUCCUUUGCUGAAUCGGCUUGAUACGGUCUAUGCAAGCUUUUGCCUUUCACAGAACUCUUUGUCAGGCCUGAGAGCCGAAACUCUGUGUGCAUCUGCAUCAGCUGAACCUUCCAUUCCAUUUUUUGUGUGAUCAGAGGUUAUUUUAACUUGUUUUGUAGCUCCUGUCUUUUGACCAGCAUAGAAACCCUAAUCUCCUUGCGUUUCCUGGAGGAUUCAGGUUAAGUGACGCCUUGCAGGGGGAAAGAACUGUUUAUUCUUUUUCGGCUAGAAAAACGUAACUAGACUUUACCUUAUUUCCCCUUAACAAUCUUGCUUUCCCUUGAUUUCCUCUCCCUCCCCUCUGCUUGUUUUCUUUCUCUCUCCUCUUCUUAAUUCCUGCUGUAACCAAGUCAAGGUGGCGGAUUGGGACAUAGUCGUGAUCCAGGGAUGAGGUCAUGAUGGACCGCAUGCUGAAGUGUGAAAGCAGCCAAGUCCACCCAUCCCCGGCAUUUGCUAUUUUCAUUUGUUUUCCCCUCACUUAUUUUAUUGAGAACACAUUUGGGAGCUUUGUAGCGUGUGAGUGUGUGUUUGUGCGCACAAAGGAGAAAAUAGGCCAAUAUGGGUGGCGAGGACGACUGUCCAAGCACCCUUUUUGACAUCUCACAGAUGCUGAAGCAAUGCUCAUUUCCCACCUCACAUACCAGGGUUAUGAGAAAAAAAAUGCUCCUUUUCCUUUAUGGCAUGGGUAGGCAAACUAAGGCCUGGGGCCCGGACGGUCUGGGAAUCAUGAAUAUAAUGUGUCUUUUUAUUUAAAAUGCACCUCUGGGUUAUUUGUGGGGCCUGCUUGGUGUUUUUACAUGAGUAGAAUGUGUGCUUUUAUUUAAAAUGCAUCUCUGGGUUAUUUGUGGGGCAUCGUUCAUUCCCCACCCCAAAAAUAUAGUCCGGCCUCCCACAGGGUCUGAGGGACAGUGGACUGGCCCCCUGCUGAAAAAGUUUGCUAACCCUUGCCUUAUCGGGUACCGAAGAGCCCAUAUAGAGUCCUUUUGUAGGUUCUCUAUCGGUAGGAGAAAAUAGCAGAGGCCAACCAGAAAAUAUCGAGAAGCAAAGCAGCUAGUAAGCCUCAUCUUUAUUAAAGCUGUUGUAACAAGGUGCUCCCCCCCCCACACAAGGAGGGAGGAGGGACCCAGAACAAAGGUGUGUCCGCCCUUAUAUAGACUUUGAAAUUGCCCACUCUCAAACUCCAGACCACCCCCAGAAACAUCAUACAUACAUCACAGAAGGGGUGUAUCUCAGGACCACUUCCUCCAAUAUAUCAUAUAUACAUCACAGGGGGCAGUUUAAAGCAGAAUCCUGAGUGUGUUGUUUAUCUCCUGUCUCUGCCAUUUACCUGAUUGCAUAAUACUAAUAAUACUAAUACUACUAAUAUUACUACUACUACUACUACUAAUAAUAAUAAUAAGAAUAAUAAAAAUAAUUUAUUUAUACCCCACCCAUCUGACUGGGUUUCCCCAGCCACUCUGGGCGGCUUUCAACAGAAUAUUAAAAUACAAUAGUCUAUUAAACAUUAAAAGCUUCCCUAAACAGGGCUGCCUUCAGAUACCUGGGUUUUGGCCACUCUUUUGUUAUUAUAACUACUUAAUUCCUGAAUCCAGGUCACAGGCUCACCCUAUUCACACCUUAAAUGUGCCCUUGAAGGCAGGAUUUGUGAGCACAGAGACACCGGGGAUAUUUCCCAUUUCCUUCAACCUUGCAGAGAAAUAUUUGAGGUCAUUUUGAGAAAAUGGUUUCAGGACUUUUCUGUGGGUUUCAGACAUGUGGUUUACAUAUUUUUAUGUGUUUGCUUGGUACAUUUAUGAACAUCUAAUAUAUAUAUUAUUCAAAUAUUCAAAUCACACAUUCAAAGCUGAUGAUCAUAUAAGAUCAUAUAUGAUCUUAAAAUUCUUAUAACACCAGGCAUACCUCAAGCUAUUCAUCUGAACAGAGGCUCUUCCCAGAUCUUAACCCCCAGAAUUUGCAGUGUAUAUGUGUGUGUGUGUGUGUGUGUGUGUGUGUGUGUGUGUGCUAGGACUUAGCUUUGAAUGUGUGAAGUAGUAGCAAAGAAGAGAAUGCCUCUGGGUUUGUGCAGAGUACCUUUCCUGCACCAGUGAUUAAGGGCAGCCAUCAUGGAGGUUCCCCAUUAGUUGGGUAGGAAGCGCACUGCCCAUCAGCAAACUCUAAGAGAUGGGGGAUGUUGCCAAAUUCACUCCCAGCCCCAAACAGAGCUGGCUCUGUUGCAAGGUGGCUCCUUCAGGAAGAUGAGGGAGUCAUGUAUGUGCCCUGUGCCCUCAAAGCCAGCCUGCUGCCUUCAGAUGUGAUGGGAAAUGCUGUCCCGUCACUAGUAUAGAAAUGAGGUUGAAUUCCCAGGCUGGUCAGCUUCUCCAUGUGGGAUGAGAAGGGCCGGCACCAUCCUUGCCUCAGGUGGAAAAAAUUAUUGGGCUGACUCCUGCCCUAAACCUACAAGCUGAAGGCUCACUUGUGGGGCGGAGGUUUGAAGUGUCUGGAAGAAAACUAGUUCCUUGAGGGUCAGAAAUAGAUGUUCUGCUGAAUCCUGCAAGUGAAUUAAGCUUAUUGCCGCAAGUGAGCUGCAAGGCAAGGAUUUUGGGAGGGCUAUUCAGGCAGGCCAAAGCAAGAGGACAAGGAAGCCUGAUAUAUCUGCUCUGGGGUGUGUGGCAGGGUCCAUCAGUCUCCUCCACAGCCUUGCAAUUUGGAAAUUAAGGGGCUUCCAGGCUAGUAGGGAGGUCCACCAUUUUUUUUUAUUUGCAAAUUAAGCACUGUGAAUGCUUACCUCCCCGCUUCAGAAAAGCGAUUGUUUCUUUCUUCUUUUUUCAAGGGGGCUUUCUGGAUCAACUCCUCCAAGUUAACGCUCUUGCCUUGAAGCACUGGCAGGGCAGAUUCCGAAAUUAACACCCUUUCCCAACAAGAUUGGAAUCAGGCUAAAGAAACAGCAGCCAAACUGCUGAAGUCCUUCAUGGCAGAUCAGCCCCUGCUGUGAAGGCCGCAUGAAUCUGUUGGUGGCAUUCCAAGACAAAGUUUGGCUGGGAUGGUGCUUCAUUUCAGCCGGAGCUCAGCUGCAGGACCUCUUUGCAACAUGGAGUCAAAGUGGGUUAUGAUGACCCAGGGUGAAAGUGUGGGUCCAAAAUCCCUGUUUGGAAAGAGGGAAAUCAUAAUAGAUGUUUAGAAGAAAGAAGAGAGAAGGGAGUCGUUCUGACUCAAAAUAAUAACAACCCCACACUUAACAACCUAAUAACCUUGGGUUUAGCUCCUGAAAUCUUUAACAACAAGCAAGUUGAAAGGAAGCAAAAGCAGAACUUCUUGAUGUCGUGUGCUGUUAACCCAGGAAAUUCACUUGCACAGGAAAUUGUGCUUGCUGCAAACACAAAUUGCUUUUAAUGAAAACUUGGAAGAGAGGUGCGUCAUACACUUAACGGCCAUGGUAGAAGUGAAGGAAAUAAUUGAGUGUCGUGCUAUGUUGAAUGCUCCACCAGUGCACACAUUUUAGUUUGCCAGUUUCAGGGGGUGCACAGGGUGAGGGGCGGGGAAAAGCCCCAUUGUGCAAGCAGAAGAUCUUGUGCAGAGCCUCUGCCAACCAUACUUGUUAGGUGAAUCCUGCCCACAAUUUCCACUUUGAGGAAUGGUGCAAUGGGUUAGUCACUCAGCAUUCAGCAAACUUUUUCAGCAGGGGGACGGUCCACUGUCCAUCAGACCUUUUUGGGUGAAUGCUACAUCUGCUGCCUUCAAGCCACUAUAGCUCCUUUUUCUGCAUCCUCAAAUAAAGCUAUCCAUUCAGCUUUGUAGAGCAGUGAAAGAGUUAACCAAAGCAUCCCAGCAAUUCAUUCCCAAGAUGCAGAGGUUGAUCAUGGAGCAACUGAAGGUCUGUUUCAAAAGGAAAGGGCCUGGUCCUUCCACCCUCCCUCCAAAAUCAAGAAAAUUAGGAUUCCUCCUCCACUGCACAUUACAGGGAAAGAGAGCGAUUUGCUGGAAAAAAAUAUGGGGGGGAGGGGAGAACCUCUUGCCACAUUAAAUGCUUCUCUAUAAAUAGAAUUCCUAUCCUUUUCCCCAUCACCAGGUUUGAAAAAAAGUGGUCUCUUUGGGAGAUAUAACUAGAUCACACAAAUGGAAGCUAUUUUCUGUUUUUCUCCCUCUCAUUCUCUGCCUCCAAGCCGUUUAAAGGAGCAACGUCAAACAGUGGAGGCCCCAUGUGGCAGUCUCUGUUCAUAGUUGUAGGCCAGCUGUCCUCCGUCUGGUGCCUUCCAGGUACUUGGGACUACAACUCCCAUCAGCCCCAGUGAACACCCUUUGUCCUGUUAACCACUAGGCCGCACCUCUAGGUCUUCACCACUGGACAAAGGCAACAUCAAGCUGUAAGCUGCACCACACAGUUAAGAACUUGCCUUUCUUUUCUCAUCACCUCACAUCCAAUGAUAGUGCUGCUCAGAGCAUACCCGUUGAAACGAACGAAUCGGAGUUGGUCAUGUUCAUUAACUUCAGUAGGUCUACUAUGAGUAGGAUGACCAUUGGGUACAACCUCCCCCCCCCUUUUUUUUUUAAUGAAAUCAUUUCACACAUUUCCACCUGCUGGACAUCAAAGUGUAUGGUGAUCAAAUGAUGUGUCUGCAUGUAUGGGUCAGGCCUCAGUUCUACUCUGAUGCUCUGUUCAUAGGGCCAGCCCUGCCAUUAGGCAGAGUGGGGCAUUCUUCCAUUCUCCCUGAACUAGCCUGGUGCCCUGAGGCACACUGCGGGGUGUUGUCCCAACCACCAGUGUUGAAAUAAGAUAACAGCUGCCAGCCUGGUUGGAUUCCAUUGCAUGGACUGGGGAACUUGGUCUUGGGCAGCAAAAUUUCCUAGGGCCUGCCAGGUCAAUUAACACGUGAACCAGCUGGAACCUCUGCUGGAUUUUUAUUUUUUUUAAGUUUUACAAUUCAACCACAGAAAACGUUUACGUAAACCAUGUCAGAAUAUUUAUAGUCAUUGGCGAUUGCACCAUAGAAUUCCCAUAAAGGGCUUCAUAAAAUGUUGUUUAAUAGCAGCUGGUAUGAGUUGAUCUUGGACUGGUGCGAUGCAGAACUAACCCUGUAACCCUAUGCACACUUGUCUGGGAGUAAGUCUCAUGGAAUUAUUAUUAUUAUUACUAUUAUUAUUAUUAUUAUUAUUAUGGAACUCAGCUUCCGAAUAGGCAUGCACAACAAUUUCCCCUUGGACACAGAGAAGAUUCUCCCUAACCCAGCAGAGAUCUUCCGGAGGAUAGACUAGAGAACUACAUAGAAUAAUUAGAAAUACAUAGAAUAUAUUUCCGAGAAAUAUGGGAGGUGGUUAGAAGAGUGCAACACUAGGGUAGCCUGAUGCAGAAGAAGACAAAGCUUCUGCAAAUCCUUAAUUCAAUCUGCAGCUGCUGAAAUUCUACACAGCUGUUAAAGGUGCAGGAGCCCUGACCUCUUUUUCAUCCAGUGUGGUGUAGUGGUUAAGAGUGGUAGACUUGUAAUCUGGGGAACCGGGUUCGCGUCUCCGCUCCUCCACAUGCAGCUGCUGGGUGACCUUGGGCUAGUCACACUUCUCUGAAGUCUCUCGGCCUCACUCACCUCACAGAGUGUUUGUUGUGCGGGAGGAAGGGAAAGGAGGUUGUUAGCUGCUUUGAGACUCCUUAAGGGGAGUGAAAGGCGGGAUAUCAAGUCCAAAUUCCUCUUCUUCUUCUUCUUCGCCUUCUUCUUCAUCUGCCCACCCUCGCACACACAUCUGGAUGUUUCGAUGGGAGAUGAACUGCUUUGGCAACGGGUGCGCCUUAUGCCUGUAGUUACCCCAACUGUUUCUCUCUACUCAGGAAGACAACCACAACUACUAUAUAUCUCGAACGUACGGUCCAAGUGAAGCACGAGCCAAGGAACUAUGGGUAGAAGUUACAGCAGCCAACAGGAGCCAAGUCAAAGUCCAUGGAAUCCUCUCCAAUACGCAUAGGCAAGCCUCGGUGAGCAUCUCUUUUCACCUGUUGGCUAUGUGCUUACCUGUCUAUGUAUCCAUUGCUACCAACAACCUGCCAUUGCUUUUCCAGCCACUUUUCUUUGGUUGUCCUUUCCCUCCAAACCGUGAUUAGUUUCCAAGAUUUUGAUAGAAAAUAGAUAAAGUUUUACGGUGCAGGGGGAAGCUGACUAGAAAACAUUUCAUCUUGUCAUAUUUUGGCUUCCCUCUACCUAUGUUAAAAAAAAAUUGAGGGCUGAAAUGCCAACAUCUCCUUAUUUUAACUGCUGUAUCAGCGUAGGGAGAAGCAGGUAUUUCUGCACAUAACACAAAACACUAAACUAUGGUUUGUUAAGCUAUGGUUUAGCAGGUGUGAGACCUGACUGGAAGUUUAAGUGUGAUUUGUUGUUGGUUUAUGAGCUUUGGUUAGUUUUAAUCAUGGCGUAGUAUUACGUGUAAAACCAGCACGCUUUCCUAACCAUGGUUUGUUUGAUGAUGCCACCCAGAUACUCGUCUAACUACAAAAGCACAAGGGAGGAGGAGCUGGAAAACAAAGUAACAUGUUGGAAACAAGCCAUGUUUUCUUUGAUUGCCUGUAGGACAACUUGUGAUUAACUCAUGGUUUGUUAAAUAAACAACUUGAACAAACCAUGGUUUAGCACUAUGCUGCUAACUAGCCAUUCCUGAGCUCCUACAAGGUGUGACCAGCAAAUCAAUACUAAAACAUCUGCUUAUCUUAUAACUGCAGCAGCAACAUAAAUCAGCAAUUGUGUUGUCAGCCUAUUCUUCUCUGUGCAGGCAUCUCACAGAAUUCUAAAGCCUUGGCCAUUGAUUUUUCUAAACUCAUAAACUCUUAGUCACAGUCAUAGCCAGUUUAUUUAAUUACCGCAUUUCCUACAAAUACAUUUGUGCUCAAAGCAGUUUACUGAAAACAGUCUAAAAUGCGAUAGAAGUAGAGGAACCAUAAUAAUCCGAUACAAAUUGUAUUACUACAACGUAGCGCGGACAUAAACCUUAACUGAAAGGUUAAUUAACAAAAUACCUUCACAUCCCAGAGAGGUACUGAAAAGAAAAGAAAAAUACAGAAAGAUUGCUUAUCUUCACUGUAGCGUUAGCAUAUGUUGUGCAGGUAUUGUAUGAGUUAACACCAUGUGUUUUUUGUCUGGGACAUUUACAUAAACACAGACCUACACCAAUAUCUUGGCUCUGUUGUCCUUUCCCCCUCCACCCAAAUGGAUCAUAUUUUCUCCAAUAUUUUGAGUGAAACCUUAAAAUUAAAUGAACUUCCAAGGGGAGGGAGGUGGAGACUGUACAUAACAAUAGAGCCUUUUUAUUAUAGGGGAAUACACGGAGAAUAAAGUGUUGCAAGUUAGGGGGAAUAGUUUUAUGAAUUUGUUGGAUCAGUUAUUAUUUGCACGAAUGAAUUCACACAAGGGUUGCACUCCUCCAUCAAGGGUUUCAUCUUGAGAAGGGGAGCCCAUUUGUGCCAACAUCUUGCCCUCCACCAACGAAAUCUGUACCCCAGGAAUGUGAGCUGUACUUCCAGUAAAGCCUCACACAAGUGUAGUAGGAUUCAGCACCUUAAGAAUCUCAGCCUCGUUUUAUAUACAUAAUAAAUGGCAGCAAAGAUGGGCUGGAAAAUAUACCUGCAGUUUUUGACAAAUUCUCAGAAGCCAGAGGAGGGGAUGGGGUGCAACUCCCGUAUUUUGCAAAGCUCCUUGCCCCUCUCUGUGACGAGCAGAAACAGAAUAAAUUAUGCCAGUAGGUAAAUACAUGCACAUCUGCUUAAUUUGCAAGCAUUUAGUUUAAUUACUGGCUUUCCUUGGCACAGAAUCUGGAUUCCGUCCCCACCAUUCCUUCAUGCUCAAGCCUAUAUUUGUACGCUUACAAGUUCCUCCAUUUGAUCUUGAACCCUGUGGAAAUUUGGGGUCGUGAACAUGCUCAACAUAUCACCCAACAAGCCUCCUGUCUUAACGCUGUUAUUCCCAUCUAUCCUCCUACAGAGAGUCAUCCUAUCAUUUGACUUCCCCUUCUAUGGGCAUUACCUGCGGCAAGUCACCAUAGCAACCGGAGGUGAGCUUCACUGGGUACCACACUGGGUUUAAGGGAUGUUGGUUUUUUGCAAAGAUUUUCAGAAUACUGAGGGGGGUGAGGAGUGCCUGUAGCAAAGGUACUAGAAGCAACAUGGCAACGUCCUUUGUGAUAUCCCUAUUCCUUUACCCUAAGUGCUUGGACUGCAGCCACUUUGGGUGGGAAGUGUGGGCCUGGUUUUGCCCCACUCCGGCCAAUCUCACUGUUGCCUUUCCAGCAAGACUAGGCUCUAUAUUUCUGCUUCCUGAAAUGGGGGGAAAGCGUUGAUUGAGGGGGACUCUGAAGUGAACCUGCAAUACGAUAAUUUAUUUCUCUUACUCAUGUGCCCUGGCCUGGAUUUUCCACAUAACAUCAUUGGGGAACCUGUGACCCUCCAGACUACAACUCCCAUCAUCCCUAGUCACUGGUCUAUGGUGUUUGGGAGGUGGAGUCCAACAGCAGCUGGAAGGCUCCACUCUCCUGGCCUAGAAGGAAAGCAAAUUGAUAAUUACCAGAAAUUAUUCUCAUUCGUAUGCUCUCCCUCCUUCCAAGUAGGGUGUCUGUGUGUCCUAUUUUUUCCCAAGGACAGCCCUCUAUUUGAAAAGCUGGCCAGUCCAAGUCCAGCUUAGAGAUAAAGAACCAUGAGAAGGGAGGGCAGGAGGGGCCUUAACGUUGCUCCCCAGCAACCUGGACAACAGACUUAGUGGGCACCCAGGUCACCUGGUCACAUUCUACAGAGAGAUGUGACUUUAUUUCUAUUUAAACCAUAGCAAUAAUUUCUGCUCUUGCAUCUUGAAAUAUACUCGGAGUCCAGUGUGGAUUUCAUGCUCUUUAUUCAGCUCAUAGUAGUGAGGAAUGAAAGUUCCCCCAAAAUAUCUGCUUUAUAUACAUUAUUUACACAAUGGGCUGUACAUGAUUGGCUAAUUCCUGGAUUCUCCUGUAGGCCAAUCAGGUUGCGGAUUCACUUCCACCUGGAGCUGGAUUGGGUGGCUGCUGCGACCAAUCAUACUGCUGCAUUGUUCUAGGACCCAUCAGACUGCUGCAUUCUGAAUCCUAUUGUUCUAGGACCAAUCAGACUGCUGCAUUUGGAUCCUAUUCAACUCAGUACAUAACACAUCUAUUCAUAAAAAAUAGCACAUGCAAAUUGUGUGCAAGUUCUGUAUGCCCAGCUCCUCACUCACAAUGCAAAAGUGACCGCCCUACUACCAAGCUCAGCCAAUAGAACACAGGGCUCUUCAUCUCAGGAUCGUAGGUUUGAGCCCCAAUUUUGAGUGAAAGAUUCCUGCAUUCUAAGGGGUUGUACUAGAUGACCCUCGUGGUCCCUUCCAGAUCUACAAUUCCAUGAUUCUGAGAUGCUUCAAGAAGCUCUGGAAUGAGGGGCUGAAAGAGAAGGCAGGCAAAUGGCGGCCAGAGGGCAUCCCUGAUGUCCAAGUCACUUCGUGGGCUGCCCACAGUCAAGCAGAAGAGCACUUGCUCUACACACACAGAAGGUCACAGUUUCAGUCUCCAACAUUUCCAGGGACGGCUGGGAAUGUUCCCUUUUGGAGAGUGUAAAUAAUACUGAGCUAGAUUGACCAAUUGUUUGAUUUGGUAUAAGAUAGCUUCAGCUCUGUACAUUUCUGUGUUCAGGAGACGGGGCAGAUCACAGAGCAAGCGUGAGUCACAACCACCAUUGCUUCUUCUGAAAAUCUGUUCUGCCUCAACUCAUCCUUCUGCCCCUCCUGACCUCUCUGGACCUCCUGCGCUCCCACUUGUGGCGACAUCUGGAAUCUAUCUGUGGUGUUUACUGGAAUUUCUCGUUUCUCCACCUUCCUUGCCGUCACCUCCGCCGCCCAGCUGGCAGCAGCUGUGUUGCUAGCCUAGCUCUGAGGACCGGAAUGGCUUGCCCCCUCUGCUCUGAAAUCCUGCAGUCUAGGUUUUCAGCACAGCAGCGAGCCUUGAAAGGUUUGCCUCGUAGCUGAGCAAGACGGUCAGCUUGAUGAUUUUAUGUCUCCACGAUGCCGCUGAAGCAAAACCCACCUCCCCUCCCCUUCUCCCACCAGAGCAAUGAUGCCUUUGGUUUGGUGGCUAGCAAAGUGGGUUUUAUUUAUUUGUUGCAUUGCGUGUUUAACCUGCCCGUCCUCUGCGGCAUGCGAAAGGGGAUGCAUGUUCCUCUCCCCUCGCUCUCCACAACGACCCUGUGAGGGAGGUUAGGCUGAGAGAUGGCGACUGGCCUAGCGAGCUUCAUAACUGAGUGGGAUUGAACAACAACAACAACAACAACAAUAAUAAUAAUAUUCAUACCCCGCCCUCCCCGGCCAGAGCCGGGCUCAGGGCAGCUAACACCAAUAAAAUCACAGUAAAAAACAUAAUGGGGGGGGGGGACCAAUUUAAAAUACAGGUUAAAAUGCAAUUUAAAAUGCAGCCUCAUUUUAAAAGUAGCUGAUAAAUCAAGACCAUAAGGGGAGGGAAACAUAAGGGUCAGACUGAACCAAACCAAAGGCCAGGCAGAACAGCUCUGUCUUGCAGGCCCUGCGGAAAGAUGUCCAGUCCCGCAAGGCCCUGGUCUCUUGUGACAGAGUGUUCCACCAAGUCGGGGCCAGUACUGAAAAGGCCCUGGCCCUAGUUGAGACCAGUCUAAUAGAGUGGUCCUGAGUUGUGUGUCUGUGUGUGUCAGCAGUAUGAAAGGGGAGCCUUUUUAGCUGCUGAGAAGAAGUCUUUUCCCCCUUUGUGCCCAUUGGAGCCAAUCAGGAGAUGAGUCAGCCACUGAGGAUUGGCUCCUAGGGUCGCUCUGGAGAAAACGCAUGGGAAUCAUAGAAUUGCAGAGCUGGAAGGGACCACAAGGGUCAUCUAGUCCAACUCUCCGCAAUGCAGGAAUCUUUUUGCCCACAGAGCAUUGAGGAGGAGUGGUUCUGCAUGCUAAGCCUUUAGGAAUACAAAAACGCCGCAAGGUGCAUCUGUUUCCACGGAAUGGUGUGCAAUGAAACUUCAGGGGAAGCACAAGUUACUGCCCCUGAACAUAUGGAAAAAGAAUAUAUGGGAUGCAGCAAUGUCUGGGCGUCACACCAGACACAGGAGGGCAAUUAAAGGCACAGCAAACAGAGACACCUUCCAAAAAAAGGUAGACCUUGUUAUAUUGUUGUUUAGUCAUUUAGUCGUGGCCGACACUUCGUGACCCCAUGGACCAGAGCACACCAGGCACUCCUGUCUUUCACUGCCUCCCACAGCUUGGUCAAACUUAUGUUCGUAGCUUCGAGAACACUGUCCAACCAUCUCGUCCUGUCAUCCCCUUCUCCUUGUGCCCUUAAUCUUUCCCAACACAGGGUCUUUUCCAGGGAGUCUUCUCUUCUCAUGAAUUGGCCAAAGUAUUGGAGUCUCAGCUUUAGGAUCUGUCCUUCCAGUGAGCACUCAGGGCUGAUUUCCUUAAGAAUGGCUAGGUUUGAUCUUCUUGCAGUCCAUGGGACUCUCAAGAGUCUCCUCCAGCACUAUAAUUCAAAAGCAUCAAUUCUUUGGCAAGCAGCCUUCUUUAUGGUCCAGCUCUCAUUUCCAUACAUCACUACUGGGAAAACCAUAGCUUUAACUAUACAGACCUUUGUCGGCAAGGUGAUGUCUCUGCUUUUUAAGAUGCUGUCUAGGUUUGUCAUUGCUUUUCUCCCAAGAAGCAGGAGUCUUUUAAUUUCGUGACCGCUGUCACCAUCUGCAGUGAUCAGACCUUGCUAUACCAACCAUUCAAUAUUCUCAGGGGAGGGGUUACGUUAAGUAAUAUGUUUGAAUGUCAGAUGUGUAAGUGUAGGUCUAGAGACAAUGGAUAAAGCAAACAUCAUUAGCUGUACUGCAGGAUAAGUGUUUAAUGGUUAUUGUAUUUGUAUUUGUUUGAAAAACCAGUUAAUUUUUUCUUUUCUUUUUUUCAACUGAAGUCACUCUGAAAGAAGUUAUUGCCACCCUCCAAAUCAUUUGCCCAUGUAUGUGUACAGAAAAUAGUAGACCUAGCUGAAAGGCAGGACAUGGAGAUCUGCACUGAUUGUUGCAACACAUCCCUAAUUAUUAUUAUUGUAUAAUUGUAAGAUUAUUGUAGAAGCUUAGAAGGUUGUGUACUCUUAGAAGGGGUUGCGGCUGUGAGGGUGUGUAGCUGUGGCUAUCCUGAAGAGCCCCUGCAGUUCUGAAUCUGCUUCCACUGGUGUCACGGCAGCACUCUGGCUCUCUAGAAAGUGACCCUGGGGUUCCUAGGAGUCUCUGGGGAAGAAGGCAACAGGAUUGUAGAUGGUGACAUAAAAUAGCUUGUCUCCCUCCCUCCCUCGGUCUCUUUUCCAGGCUUCAUCUUCAUGGGGGACGUCAUUCAUCGGAUGCUGACAGCCACGCAAUAUGUUGCUCCUCUCAUGGCAAACUUCAAUCCCAGCUACUCUCGAAAUUCCACCGUCAAAUACUUUGACAACGGUGAGUCCUCUUCACAUGCAGAGUUGGGGAAAAAAUCAUUGGGAGCGCUUAGUAUCUCCCGUUUUGUUUAACACUAGAACCAGCCUUUACUUUGCAAAGCAAAAUGUGAAAACCCAAAAUUCUCUGCUUAGGUGCUUUUCGCGCAGGUCUAUUUGUUUUGCAAUCGAGAAGUAUAGCUGGAUUAUCGUCAUAGGAACCAGCUCCUGGGGGCUAAGGGACUUUGGAGCCCCCCCCCUUUUAGGGAACCAGGUCCCAUCAAUAUUCAGAGGGUGUUCAGCUCCGCCCCCUGACUCCUUACGACUUCGCAUACGUGAUGUCAGAAUGUUGUGUCAAGCCCCCUCAACCAUGUUGAGAAGCUGGCGCCUCUGACUAUAGUACCAACUCAGUUUGCCUUUAUGCCUUUAUGAUAUUGAUAACUCCCAUUAGCCCUAGACUGUUCAGGCCACUGUUCAGGGAUGAUGGGAAUUGUAGUUCAGCAAUGUCCACAAGGCACCAAGAUGGAAAAGUCUGGGUUGGGCUAAUCUAUGGGCAAGUGGGUGGCCCUGCCUUGUUCUUGGCAGGGAGCAUGGCUAGUUGGCUUCUGAGUUCCUUCCUUGAAUCUGUGAAUGAUAGCGGAAGUUUCAAGUUCCUAGUCCCCAUGCCAGCUGUUAGGGUAAACCAAUGGCCUUCUCAUAUUCUCACCCCUUCUCCUGCUCUUCUUCCUCUUCAGGGACAGUCUUUGUGGUUCAGUGGGACCAAGUGUACCUGGAAGGAAAAGAAGACAGAGGCUCUUUUGACUUCCAGGCAGCUUUGCACAGUGAUGGCAGAAUAGUCUUUGGCUACAAAGAGGUGAGGGGAGUUAGUUUCUGGGCUCAAUUCAAAGUGCUGGUUUUGUCCUAUAACACCUUAGGCAGCUUGAGACACCAAUACCUUAGAGACCGCCUCUCCUUGCAUGAAUCUACCUGAACCAGGCUCAUUAUCUGAGGCCCUUCUUCGUGUGUGUGUCCGUCCCCAUCCCUCCGGGGAGGUGCGGGGUGGCAGCGCCAAUAUGAAUAUAGGCCUUAUGGGUGGUGGCUCCUGGUUGUAGAAUGCUCUUCCCAGAGUGAUGUGCCUGGAACCAUCAUUGGGAACUAAGUAAAGACGUUCCUCUUCACCUAGGCAUUUGGCUCUUUAUUGGAAUAAUAUGGUUUGAAGAUGCCCUAGCCUGUAUUGGUGUUCAUCUUUUAGUAGGGUGGGAUAGAAUUUGUUCUUCUUCUUUUUUGCCAUUGCAGGUUGAGCACUUUUAGUCAGUGAAUGUUCUUUUAUCUUUUGGUUAAAAGAUAAAAUAUAGGUCAGGGGUCAGCAAUUUUUUUCAGCAGGGGGCCAGUCCACUGCCCCUCAGACCUUGUGGGGGGGCGGAUUAUAUUUUGAAGGUGGGGAAAAAGAAUGAAUUCCUAUGCCCCACAUAUAACCCAGAGAUGCAUUUUAAAUAAAUGCACACAUUCUACUCAUGUAAAAACACCAGGCAGGCCCCACAAAUAACCCAGAUAUGCAUUUUAAAUAAAAGGACACAUUCUACUCAUGUAAAAACAUGCUGAUUCCUGGACCAUCCGUGGACCAGAUUUAGAAGGUGAUUGGGCUGGAUCCAGCCCACAGGCCUUAGUUUGCCUACGCAUGACAGCACAGAACUAAAAGGUGUGGUGAGACUCCAGUUCUUUGUUGUUUCCUCUGCUAAGAAGUUCAUCAAAGUCUUAGCCAUUUAGGAGCAGAGACACUCUAAGAGCGGGUGUGGAAUUACCUUUCUUUAACUCCAUGGAUGGGAUUUUCUAAGCCUUCUUCCCCCUUUCCUGGCUCCAGAUCCCCAUGUCUGUCCUGGAGAUUAGUUCUACACAACAUCCCGUCAAAGCUGGACUCUCAGACGCUUUCAUGAUCCGUAACUCCUCCCCUGGCGUGCCUGGUGAGUCUGGGCUAUUUGGAAGAGGAGAAGGAUGGGAGUGGAUCCCUAGACAGAUAGACUUAUUGGCUGGAGAGCUCCAAGUUCAGAGGACCAGUUGCUGAAGAGCCGCAGAGGGCAAUAGCUAUUGUCCUCCUGUCCUGCUUGCGGGCUUCCCAUAGGCAUCUGCUUGGCCACUGUGGGAAAGAGGAUGCUUGACUAGAUAGAUCAUUGCUCUCCUCCUGCAGGGCUCAUCUGAGGUUCCUCCAUUCUUCUGAUGGGUUCUUAUUUUAGACAGACAGUGCCAGGGCUGAGUGACAUGCCUACCACCAUAAGCCAACAACCUCCAGCCAUAUUCUCCUACCCCUUGUGCAGUAAGCAAAAGGGAAUAUGCUUUCCAAAGAAGAGAGCUCAACUGGUUAUUGGCCAAGUAAAUACCGUAUUUUUCGCUCCAAAAGAUGCACCUGCCCAUAAGACGCACCUAGUUUAUAGAGGAGGAAAACAAGAAAAAAAAUAUUCUGAACGAAACAGUGGAUGUAUGAUUUUUGUGGUUCGUGCUGUGGCCACAGAUGUUGAGUCUGGGGUAGCCCAAUGCAAAAAUCCUGAGGAUCCAUGUGGAUCCAUGCUUUGUAACCAUGUUUUUGCUCCAUUGCGGCCCCACGCAACACUGGGUGCAUGAUUUUUUGGGUGCAGGCUGUAGUCAUGAACAAUUCGGCUCCAGGGACCACACAUUUGUUCUAUAAGACACACAGACAUUUCCCCUUACUUUUUAGGAAGAAGAAAGUGCGUCUUAUGGAGCAAAAAAUACGGUGAACACCCAAAGAAGGGAGAAGCUGGAUUCUACAUUGUCCAGGGAUCUCCUGCUAUAUAGGGAGUUGGGGGCCAAAAAGUUUUCUCCCAGCCCCUAAAAUGCCAGAGGUGUUCCAAAAUUGCUCACGAGCUUCACCAACUGUGCAGAGAUCUGCAAUAUGAGACUGCGCCCCACAAGACAGAGGGCAGAGACCCGCUUUAAUUGAAUAUCCCCAUCUUUGCCUUUUUUUUUAGAAGCUCACCGUCGGACCAUCUACGAAUAUCACCGAGUGGAGCUGGACACCAGCAAGAUCACUAGUGCAUCGGCUGUGGAGUUUGUGCCCUUGCCCAGUGAGUCGGAAGCGCAUUAUGAAGCAUGCCUCUAGCACAUGGAGUCUCAAGCACUGUUGUCAUGAGUUAGAUAAGGAUGUGUGUGAGGAAAGCCUUCCUGGGCGUAAAGAUGACAAUACGAAGAUGCAUUUAGCAGGGGGUUUUGGAGAGAAGGGAGCUGUUCAUAUUCCUUCUUUGUGACUAAGGACAUCCCUCAGUUUGCUCUUGCCUUCUCCCACUUCCCCACUUGCAGCCAUAGCUGAGUAAGGCAGAAACCCUUAAAUCUGAGGGAGAUGGUUGGAAAUGUGUGCAUAGAUUCUCUUCCCUGCUGAAGUCUUGCGGCCUAACUCCACAUUACAUUAGUGUUGUGGCUUGUAGCCACAUUGGAGGAAUUUUUUUUUUUUUAGGUCUGCUCUCCAUCAAAGGAGACCAUGCUGAGCUGCAUGGACACAGGAAGGGAAGGAGAUGCUCCAUACUGACUCAGACCGCUGCACUGAGUGAAUGCAGAUGUCCAGGUGUACAGGGACACAGGUGGUCUAAACCGCUGAGCCUCUUGGGUUUGUCAACCGGAAGGUCAGCGGUUCAAAUCCCCACGAUGGGGUGAGCUCCUGUUGCUCUGUCCCAGCUCUUGCCAACCUAGCAGUUCGAAAGCACGCCAGUGCAAGUAGAUAAAUAGAUCCCGCUGUGGUGGGAAGGUAAGCGAUGUUUCCGUGCGCUCUGGUUCCUGACAUGGAGUCCCGUUGUGCCAGAAGCGGUUUAGUCAUGCUGGCUACAUGACCUGGAAAGCUGUCUGUGGACAAACGGCGGCUCCCUCGGCCUAAAAGCGAGAUGAGCGCCGCAACCCCAUAGUCACCUGUGAGUGGACUUAACUGUCCAGGGGUCCUUUACCUUUUACCUUUACAGGCAAGAGGCUUCCGCAGUUGUACCUGAAGAUGCCGGGGACUGAUAUUGGGUCCUUCUGCACUCAAAACAAGUGAUCUGCCACUGAGCUAUAGGAGAUCUUCCCUGAUCUGACUCAGCAUGUGGCAACUCCAGACGUUGGCCACUAAAAUGUGACAGGGAGACCAAAGUGGGGGCUGACUGCAAGGUGGAUGUUUGACAAGGGUCACAUCCACAUCAUACAUUUAAAACACAUGGCUCCGCUUCCCUAAAGAAUCCUGGACAGUGUAGUUUACCUCUCACAGAACUAUAAUUCUCAGCACUCUUAACAAGCUACAACUCCCAGCAUUGUGUGUGUGGGGUUUUUUUUUGGGGGGGGGGGAGCCAUGCACUUUAAAUGUAUUAUGUGGGUGUGACCAGAGGCUUCUGGUUGUUUGUCACUGCUUUGCAGGCAUUAAAAAACUGGAAGCUAGCUAGGAAGCAAAAUCCCAUUGAUUAAAGUGGGGAAAGACCCCAACAAUUAUGUAUUCAACAAAUAGCUGGGUUUUGUGGUUUUUUUGUUGUUGUUUUUUUAAAAAGACAUUCUCUAACAUCUCAAUGGCUUUUCAUGGACUUGGUUUAUUGUAACCCCGUUUGUGAUGAAGAAGGGGUAGAAUGAAAAAUGAAAUGAAAAAAUAAAAAGGGGAAAUAAUGAUAAUAAUAAUCCACUAAGCACUCUUCGCAGCAGCACGUUCUGUACCUUCCACUCCUUGAGAUGCAUCACAAAGGAGAUGGUUAAAGAGAUAGCAUUUAGCCCACGAGGACAACGCCAGGGAAAACAAAAACAUCCUGCUUGCCUCCAUAAAUACCCAGCGGAGGAUAAACCUGUCCGGGAAAUGCCAAGGUUAUGCGCUUAAGCCAUAUCUGUUGGGUGUUUUAUGACAACCCAAACAGCAGGCUCAGUCUGCUGCAGCGCAGGCUAUAAAUAAGCGCUCUGAAAUUGUGUAAAAAAAGGGGGGGGAGAAGAAAAUAACCUGUUGUUGUGUUAAACACACACACACACACACACACACACACACACACAAGUCUUUUAUGACCACUUUGGAAUGAGGACCAAAAAUCAGAUGAAAAGAGUCUAUGGCACGGAUGUGGCCCCCAGGCCUCUCUGUGGCCCUCAGAUCUCUUUUCAGGGCACAUGCUUCACCGGCCCUGCUUCACACUUCAGGUCUUUUCAUCCAACUGGAAUUGCGUGUUUGAACUUAAUGACUCUCCGGUUGCCUGGUUGCAGGGCAGAGAGCUCUGUGCGUAGAAACUAGUCACCUAUACAAGGGUAAAAAAAAAUAUUGGCUGGUCCGCAUGCUUUUAACUCUUGCCCCACCCUGAUUUAAAUCAGAGUCUGUAUCUGUAAAUUUGCACAUAAACCUAUAAGUUAGCAUAUGCAAAUUUUCAUGGAGAUAUGUACUGCAAUUUCCUUCCUUCCUUCCUUCCUUCCUUCCUUCCUUCCUUCCUCUUUCUUUCUUUCUUUCUUUUGACAAUGUUUAAGUAGCCUAUACUACUACUACUAUGAGGAAGUGUUAAAGGUAUUCCAAAGGAGAAAAGAGUCCUAAUGAGCUCUAGUGGCAGGGAGUACCGCUGACCCUGAAAUAUUAAAAAAAACAAAGCAUGGAUAUGUAAACUUGUAACUAUUAAAAAUGGAACGGGGGAAACGAUUUUCCUACGUGUUGCAUUUCAUACCCCACCUUACGCCCAGAGAGCUCUAAACUAGGCACCCCCAACCUUUGGUCCUUCAGAUGUUUUGGACUACAAUUCCCAUCAUCCCUGACCACUGGUCCUGUUAGCUAGGGAUCAUGGGAGUUGUAGGCCAAUACGUCUGGAGGGCCGCAAGUUGGGGGUGCCUGCUCUAGACAGCGUCUUCCUCACCAUCUCCAUAAUAACCACACAAUAACCAGGUUUUUUCAUAUACAUAAAACAAAAAGUUGUCGCAGUGGGGCCGCUAGAUAUUGGUAGGUGGCAGUGUGCUUUAGAUGGCAAGGCAUAUCACGUCAAAAUACUGUAUGUUAAAAUCCAACAGCCCUACUACAUUUGGGAGCCCUCCUGCGCAUUACGCUGAGCGGGGCCCUAGGCCUCUGCCCCCAAAUCCUGCCGUGAUGGCACCACUAAGCUGUCCAUGCCUUCCCUGUGCACGCCCAGUUUGGCCUUAAGAGCUAAGAGGGAAUGGAAGUCAUGUUGAGACACUUGCCGGAAAAUUUCGGAUCCAAGCACAAGCGAGGGGUGAUCGAUGAAAUCAGCGUGAAACUAUUUUCUUCGGUGACAUGCCGAAUGCUUCUCCCUGAGGGAAAAAGGCUUGUUAAAAUCCGCUGCCAACACAAUGGAAGGAGAUUGGGAUACAUCCCCCACACCCCCGUUUUGCUGUUAUGAAUAGAAUCACAAGUGCUUCCAGCUUUUUGCUGCGACUCUGAGAGAUUGCUACGUACCAGUUUGUUCCAAGAAAAGAGGAACAAAAGGUUUUUUACUUUUAAGUUGGGAAACAUCUCGGCUUUCCUUCAUUUCUCUUGAAUUCUGGGAGGGUGUCCCUGGCCAAGACCUUGAGAGUAGGGUCAGAUUUGCAGGGUGGGGUGAGGAAAAUGGUUUCAGAUUAACACACAAACUUUCUCAGCAGUCAAGGGAAGAGGUUUCGGCACAGAGUGGCCACUUAGCACCAAAAAAGAGGGGUGGAUUUGCAUAAAAAUUGCAUGCAUUAACUUUAUUUAUUGCACAUUAUAUGCCAGCUUCCCCCCACCCCAGGAGCUCGAAGUGCCAGACAUAAUUAUCCCCCCUCCUCAUUUAAUCCUUCACAGCAACCCUUUGUGGUAGGUUAGGCUGAGAGACAGUCACUGGCCCAAAGUCACCCAGUCAGCUUCGUGGUUGAGUGGGAAUUUGAACCCUGGUGUCCCAGGUAGCUGACGCAGGUGGCGCUGUGGGUUAAACCACAGAGCCUAGGACUUGCCGACCAGAAGGUCGGCAGUUCGAAUCCCCAUGACGGGGUGAGCUCCCGUUGCUCAGUCCCUGCUCCUGCCCACCUAGCAGUUCGAAAGCACGUCAAAGCGCAAGUAGAUAAAUAGGUACCACUCCGGCGGGAAGGUAAACGGCGUUUCCGUGCGCUGCUCUGGUUCGCCAGAAGCGGCUUAGUCAUGCUGGCCACAUGACCCGGAAGCUGUACGCCGGCUCCCUCGGCCAAUAAAGCAAGAUGAGCACAGCAACCCCAGAGUCGGCCACGACUGGACCUAAUGGUCAGGGGUCCCUUUACCUUUUUGACUCCCAGGUAGCCAGCCAUCCAACACUCAGAAAGCACAUCUUCCAGGCUGGCUUCUGCGUUGGCUCCUCUCAUUUUGGAAAGCAAGUUUUAGAGCUCUCAUGCUUUUCCUCUUUCCCUUUGCAGCUUGCCUCCAGCACCAGAGCUGCGAAGUUUGUACCACAUCUGACCUAACCUUCAACUGCAGCUGGUGUCAUGUCCUGCAGAGGUAAGGCACACAAAUGUGGGAGGGGAUGCACAUUCACACCUCAAAAGUCAAAUUAGCUCCCUCUAGUCUUGUCCUAUUUAUGGUGCAGCUAGGUAAUUUUAGACCCUGGGAUUUAAUGAUCUCAGGAUAGGGGGUGGGAAGAAGGAUCCUCCCUCUUUAGAUGGCAAUGUCCCUUACUUCAAAAUGUGGCAAGGCAUCCUUAUGGGAACCCUUGUACUCAUUUGACUGAGCGGCCGGUUUGUAUUUCUGCCCCAAAGUCCUGCCUUGAUUGCCCUGCACCACACUUAUGUAGGGAUAUGACAGAAUAAAGAUGUAGCAAAUAUUUUUUCGUGGGGAGGGCAGUUCAAUUACAAGCUUUUUCGAAAGCAAGUUUAGGAAAGUAUGCACUGGCUACCAAUUAGUUUCCGGGCCCAAUUCAAAGUGCUGUUUUUGACCUGUAAAGCCUUAAACUGCUCAGGACCGUAAUACCUCAAGGACUGCCUCUUUCCAUAUGAACCUACCCAGACCGAGGUCAUCAUCUGAGGCCCUCAUUCAUGUACCUCCUCCUCGAGAAGUCCAGAGGGUGGCAAACACGAGAACGGGGCCUUCUCUGCAGUGGCUCCCAGUCUGUGGAAAGCUCUCCUCAGGGAAGUUUGCCUGGCGCCUUCAUUACACACCUUUAGGCACCAGGCAAAAACAUUCCUUUCCAACCAGGCGUUUAGUUGAUCUGAUCUACAUCCUAUGCCCUUUUAAAUGGGUUUUUUGUGGGUGGUAAUGGGCUGUUGUUUUUAUUUUUAUUAGGUAUUUUGUGGUUUUAUAUCUUGAUUUUAUUCUGUGAACCACCCUGAGACCCCCGGGUAUAAAGCGGUAUAUAAAUUUAAUAGAGAAGGAGAAGGAGAAGAAGAAUUCUAGCGGCUUCAUGACUUAGCUGAAUGGGGUGUCCUGUUUUCAGAGCAAACAACAGGCAGACUUUGUGGGAAGUGCCAUGAGAAAUGGGGAGUUAAUCCAUUCCUGCUCACAGUGCCCAGAACCAGUGUUGUAACCAGAUGCAAAGAAGGAUAGUUUGACUGGGAUGGAUGCUUUGCUUUAUUAAAAUGAAGCCUUGGCUUUUGCUUUAUUUUGAUUCCUUGUGGGACAUCCAGUGACAAACUUCUGUGUCAUUAUAAAUGAACAGUAUUUGAGAAUUCUGCAUAUGCACUAAGGUGGUAAAGCAUCAUGCUACUGUGAAUGUAUAGCUUGUUCCUCACCACCGACUUGGGAGGAUCUUAGCUGGCACACAUCUGUCUCAGGAGACAUUGGAGAGGUGUGCCUUUGGGGGUGAAGUCAAACUAUCGGGCACCUGCUGUGGCUGUAGAGACAUGCUUUGUUACAGCUGGGUCAGAUGAAGGCGUCCCGUUGUGCUGCUGCAGACGCACCAUGGCGUUGCUUCUCUCUGUGCUUGUCAUUUCUCCUCUGGUCACUGCUGUGGAUGCAUGGUCUGUAAGUCUGUCUGUCUGUCUCCAGGCACUGCGGUUGUCUGCAGAGGGAUUCCUACAUGGCGGGGUCGAUGAUGUUGCCUGCCUUCAUGUCAUAUUUGCAGUUUGCUAUUUGCCUGCAGAAGGACACGGGUGGCACUGUGGGUUAAACCACAGAGCCUAAGACUUGCCAAUCAGAAAGUCGGGGGUUCGAAUCCCCACGACGGGGUGAGCUCCCGUUGCUCGGUCCCUGCUCCUGCCAACCUAGCAGUUCGAAAGCACGCCAGUGCAAGUAGAUAAAUAGGUACCGCUCCGGCGGGAAGGUAAACGUCGUUUCCGUGUGCUGCUCUGGUUCGCCAGAGGCGGCUUAGUCAUGCUGGCCACAUGACCCGGAAGCUGUACGCCGGCUCCCUCGGCCAAGAAAGUGAGGUGAGCGCCGCAACCCCAGAGUCGGCCACGACUAGACCUAAUGGUCAGGGGUCCCUUUACCUUUACCUAUUUGCCUGCAGUAUGUUGGGAAAGAUGGAGGGCACAAGGAGGAGGGGACGACAGAGGACGAGAUGGUUGGAAAGUGUUCUCGAAGCUACUAACAUGAGUUUGACCAAACUGUGGGAGGCAGUGGAAGACAGGAGUGCCUGGCGUGCUCUGGUCCAUGGGGUCACGAAGAGUCGGACACAAAUAAACAACAACAUUUGCCUGCAGCUUAGCCUGCCCAAAGCGCCCCGAUACUUGAUAUGUAACCAGCUGCCCAAGAUGUGUGGCUAGUCUUUACAGUUUGAGUCUUUGUUUUUUAUUUAUUUUUAUUGUUUUUAUUUUUUUACCAACAACCAAAACACAAACAGUGAAAACAAACAGUGAAAACCCCCAGGCGGCUGAUACAUGCGGUAUACAUAAUCAAUAAUAACAUAUUCAAAUCAACCAUAUGUACAAUUCUAUAUACCUUAACACUCCUCCCUCCACAAGCUUUAUUUAACUUUUAACAUUUUAAUUGCCCCAAACUGUUCAAACCUGCCCAGUUUGAGUCUUUAAUAUCCAAGAUGACUUGCAAUAUGAUUUGCAGUACAGUCGUACCUUGGAAGUCGAACGGAAUCCGUUCCGGAAGUCUGUUCGACUUCCAAAACGUUCGGAAAACCAACAAGCUGCAUUUGGGGGGGCGCUGCCUUACUGUGCACCCCGUGUACUGAAAUCCAAAAUCAGCCUAUGCAGAUGCAAACGGGAUGCGGUUUCCCAAGUUUUCCAUCUCUCUUGAAGAGUAAGGUUAAGCUGUUCUCCAGCAGAGACAGAAAAUCCCAUCAGCAAGAAGGAACAUUUCAGAGUCUUCCGGCCCAGCUGUGUUGGCAUGGAGUCUCCCAGUUCCUCAGGGAAAGCCCUUUUGGUCUCCCUGCUUGUUACAUUCGCUUGUUUGUGUAUCUGGUACAGUACACCCAUCUGGGGAUUCCGAUUAUAAAACCAUAUACUUAAAAAUAACCUAGCCCUCCCACACAGAAUUGAGGCCAGAUACUCCUAUUGCUAGCUUUCUACUGCUAGUUCUGUAGGCAUUUUGAAGGGAGUGCACUCCUUACAGGAGGCCAUAAAAGCCGCAAAAUGCUUUAGCAACCCAAGGAGGCUGGGUGGUGGUGUGUUUAGGGGAAGGGACUAGGCUGUGUUCCUUAAUAUCUCCAGGAAGUGAUAUUUUUAUGGGUACUUGAAAGAAACCUUGAUUGCUAACUCAUAGAAACACAGGAAGCUGCUUUCUACACGAUCUGGCAUAGACUCUCUCGAAGGCCUACCUAGGGAUGUUGAAGAUUCAACCUGGGGUUUUCUGCAUGUAAACCUGACGUUCUACCACUGAGCUAUGGUGCAUCUAACUUGAAAAAUAGUUAAUUUGUAUAUAUUUCUAGUUCUGGUGAAAUGGGUAAGGUUUCAUAAGUGCAUGUCUUUGCAUGAGAAGAUUCUUGCAUAUCUCAGGCCUGGUUUCUUCCUAGCAUAGGAGCCACCUCCUAGGGGCCGAGGGGGUCUUUGCCUCCCCCAUAAAAUAUUUGAGUGCCCCCCGCAAAAUGGUGUGUGUGCACCACAUCAUGUGAUCAGUUAUGUGGGGUGUGGCUUACUUGAUGUUGUUGUUGUUUAGUCGUUUAGUUAUGUCCGACUCUUCGUGACCCCAUGGACCAGAGCACGCCAGGCACUUCUGUCCUCCACUGCCUCCCGCAGUUUGAUCAAACUCAUGCUGGUAGCUUCAAGAACACCAUCCAACCAUCUCAUUCUCUGUCGUCCCCUUCUCCUUGUGCCCUCCAUCUUUCCCAACAUCAGGAUCUUUUCCAGGGAGUCUUCUCUUCUCAUGAGGUGGCCAAAGUAUUGGAGCCUCAGCUUCAGGAUCUGUCCUUCCAGUGAGCACUCAGGGCUGAUUUCCUUCAGAAUGGAUAGGUUUGAUCUUCUUGCAGUCCAUGGGACUCUCAAGAGUCUCCUCCAGCACCGUAAUUCAAAAGCAUCAAUUCUUCGGCCAUCAGCUGUCAAGUAUCAAACAUUUUGCAAUCUCCCAUGGGGAACAAAACACUGUCGUCUGUCUUCCUCCUGCAUCGUGUGCAGUUCUUCUGCAUUUCUACCUUUUGCUAAAGCAACACAUGUGCAGGGAAGCAAAAAAGAUACCAGAUCGUCCCAAUACACACAACACAAACUUAUUCCUUGGGAAAGCCAUGGCAGUGAAAAUGUCACCAAGCGGGUCUAUAUUUGUAGGUUAGAUGCAUACUUGGUUACACGCUUCCCUUUUCUGUAGGUGUUCCAGUGGAUUUGACCGACACCGUGAAGAGUGGUUGGAGUAUGGCUGUGACCAAGAGGUAAAGUUAUAGUCAAAGUACUUAAAAGUAUGAACGUAUGCAACCCUGGCUCAGUGCUCAACCAGUGUCUCCCACCUCUGAGUUUCAAACUAUUGAUACCCCCAUUUCCUAAGAGGCUUAAAGUCCUAGCUGGGCAAUCUUUUUUCAGCCAAAGGGCUGCCUUCCACUUCUACAUAGCCGUAACAUUCAUUAUAAUGGUGGAAUGAGAUUCAGUUGAUUCGCCCUUAUUAACACAGGGCCAUGAGCCGUAAUAAUAACCCAAAAUGUUUGCAGAUUAAAGAAAAGAAAGAACACAAGGGAGCCUGCAAAAUUUUGCAGCAAAGUGUUCUGCUCACAUUCUGUUCCCACUUCCACACAGUUUUCCAUGUUUUCCUGCCAACAAUCCGUCAGCAUUCCAUGCUUGCUGAGCAUGUUCAGUCCUCAUUGGGUUGUUUUGGGAGCUUGCCCCCUCCACCUGACCCCAAACCAUUCCUAAAUAUUUUUAGGAAAUACCUCCCCUUGCACAUGGGAACAUAUGCAGAGAGAGAGGGAUCAACGAUGUCCACAGUGUUGGGAGUAAAGAAUGAAAACAAAAGCACAGGCAAAAUUAUGGCAAGGAAGCUUAGUGCAAAAAAACAGAACACAGGAAAGGAGAUGGUUGGAUGGAUAAGUGUUUAGUGGUGUCCAAACUUUGUUCAAAGAGGGCCAGAUUUGAUGAAGUGAAGAGCUGUGGGGGCCGACCAAAGGGCCAACCAAAGUUGUUGAGGUUUUUUUAGGAUUUUACCCCAGGAAUAAACUGCCACAGAGGCUGGAUUAAACCGACUAGCGGGCCAGAUUAUGCCCCCGAAAUGGACUUUGGACAUGCACUUUUAAAAAAUGGCAGCCAAGCAAUUCCAACUGCUAGGGAUGGGUGAAUCUGCCCAUUUUAGUGUCUCUCCAUUUCUCAUGGUUCUGUUCUUAAGAUCAGUUCUCCAGUCUUUGCAUCAGUUUAAGAUUAUUCUUUUUAAGCUUAAAACAGAGUUGGUGGACAUUCUGUAGCCUCCUUCUGAAAUCCUCUUAACUUUUCAGACCAGAAAUAUUCUGAGGGUUGGUUGGUUGUUGUUUUUUAGUUGAGCUUUUUGCUGAGCUAUUGUGCAAGAGUAUCCCUCCGUAAAGCAGCGUUGUAAUGUGGCAACACUGAGGAAGCAUUGCAGAAUAACUAAUAAAAUUGAACGAUGUGCGUAUGGAGCCAGUAUAAAUAAGUCUGCCACUAAUGCGCUAUGAUUGCGUCAAUGCAUGUGGCAGAUUACAUCCACAAAGAAGCACCACCACCACCAGAAUGACUGGUUCGGGCUUGUCGUUUUAGUUAGAAGAGAAGACCUGUGCCGACUUUGAAGACGAUGAACAUUACUACUCAACACCUCCCAGCGACAGUCCCUUCACACCACUCAGAGAAGACGUCACCACUUCUUCUUCCCACUUUGUCGACAGCCUAACUACAGAAGGUACCAGCCAGGGUCAAAUGCUAUGGUUGGAGUGGGAAAGGGAGGCCUCAGGAAGAUGUUCCCCCCUGUGUUUCCCAAACUUGGGUCUCCAGCUGUUUCUGAACUACAAUUCCCAUCAUCCCUAGCUAGCAAGACCAGUGGUCAGGGAUGAUGGGAAUUGUAGUCUGAAAAACAGCUGGAGACCAAGUUUAGGAAACCCUGCUGUGGAUUAUUGUGUAUUCUCUCAGAUCCAUGAACAAGUUUAGUUAAUUUUCAGCACCUUGAGAAAACCAAAUUUGCUUGAGGUGAGCAGUAAUAGCUAAACUAAUCAGUUAGAAGUUGAUCUAGGCUUUUCACACAGUUAUGAAUUAGAAUUGCAUCGGCUAUACAUGUGCAAACACAGUUUGAAAGUCCCAUUGCACUGAAUGUCUAAAUUUAACAUUUGGAUGAGUGGAAAAAGACUGAUAGAAAAGUGUGGUCUUCUUGCUCCAAGCCCUCAUUUUAGGUUGGCUGGAGGCAUCGCUUCCAGAGAGAGACCAGAGACCUUUCGUUUUUGAAAUUAAGUUGUGGAGAUCAGUGUGUCAUGGUGACUGCUUAAAACAGAACAUCACCCCAGACUAAUUAAGUUUCCUCCAGUAUGAGAAAUUAUGUCAUAUUCCCCAGGAUCUUGUGCAUAAUAUGCCUAGGUUAGCAUCAAAACCACUAUUCCCCUCUGUGGUUAGCAGCAGGUACCAGUUCAAUUUUGCUGUUUAAUAGUCCCUGUCGCAAGCUGCUAAUUAAAAUAAAUAGAAAAGAACAUUAGUAGUUGCCCUUCAGCAGUGAAGGAACUAGAGGAAAGAAUUCUUUUGUGACUGAGUUGACUUUGAAAAGAGCUAAUAAAAUAUGAGGGAAGAGCCACGCUGAUGGUUUCCAGUUGACUUUUUGAUUCCGGGCAGGGAAAUAGUUUUAUUUUUAUUUUUAUAACAGCGUAUUAAAGCAUGAGGUUAAUUUCUUAGCUUGGUUUGAGACAAAACAAAUGCACACACAACAGCCAUCACCAUGGUACUGGGCCUCAAAUCUCCCUGGGACUCUUACCCUCUGAAAAGGCAUCCAAACUGCACUCGUGAGGUUAUCAAAAAAGAUGAUAACAUAUGUAUGUAUGAUGGUGUGAGACUGAUAAAAUGAUGAAACUUGUACGUUUAUAAUAGGAAUGUUUUUCUGGUGGUGAAAUUGAAACAUGAAAUAAAUCUAGGCCAGCUGCGAAGACAUCAUAGAAGCCUUCUUUCAAUUUUUAUCUUUUACCCUUACAGUCCAGCUCCUUGGAGCCAGCUAAUGGAGAUGAUAUUUAUGAAUGUGGCUGACAUCCUAGUUCUUUGGAUGCCAUUUGUGCCUUCCCCUCUUGCCUAUAAAAGCAGAGCCCAAAUAAUUUCUUCCAGGGGGUGCUGUUAAGUGACAAGAGGAGAGAAGAUGUUUCCUUCUUUCUUACUCAUUCCUUCCAAAGAAGCAGAGCAGUGGUUAAACAGGAGAGAGAGUUAUGUCCUUGCUCAAAUGACCUCUCCAAAUAAACGCUUCAUGCUUUUCUGAAUAAGCUGUGUAAGCAGACAAGAGGAUGAGCAGAUGAUCUCGCUAGAAAUCCGGUCUUCACAAGCAUAUGAGAGAGAGAGAGAGAGAGAGAGAGAGAGAGAGAGAGAGAGAGAGUUUGGUUUUUAAAAAAGUAUUAUUCUUCGGAAUAAUACUAAUCUUUUAUAACAUGCAGAUAGUGCUAAUUCCAUACAGUGGUACCUUGGGUUACAUACGCUUCAGAUUACAUACGCUUCAGGUUACAGACUCCGCUAACCCAGAAAUAUUACCUCGGGUUAAGAACUUUGCUUCAGGAUGCGCGGCGGCAGCAGGAGGCCCCAUUAGCUAAAGUAGUGCUUCAGGUUAAGAACAGUUUCAGGUUAAGAACGGACCUCUGGAACGAAUUAAGUACUUAACCCGAGGUACCACGGUAUAGGGAUAUAAAGGUAAAGGGACCCCUGACCAUUAGGUCCAGUCGUGAUCAACUCUGGGGUUGCGGCGCUCAUCUCGCUUUGCUGGCUGAGGGAGCCAGCGUACAGCUUCCGGGUCAUGUGGCCAGCAUGACUAGGCCGCUUCUGGUGAACCAGAGCAGCACACGGAAAUGCCGUUUACCUUCCCGCCGGAGCGGUACCUAUUUAUCUACUUGCACUUUGACGUGCUUUUGAACUGCUAGGUUGGCAGGAGCAGGGACAGAACAACAGGAGCUCACCCCGUCAUGGGGAUUCGAACCGCCGACCUUCUGAUCGGCAAGCCCUAGGCUCUGUGGUUUAGACCACAGCGCCACCCACAUCCCUUAUAUAGGGAUAUAAGAAACCAUUAAGUGUGGGGCCAGCCCUACCAUUAGACAGAGUGAGAUGACUGCCUCAUGCAGCAGAUGCUGGGAUGGUAGCCCUCUGGCUGUUUCUCCUGAUUCUUCUGGCUAUACCCUUCUGCUGGAGAGGACAGAGCUGUGCAUAUCUUAUGGCCUGGCCUACAUCCCUGUAACUAGCCAACUGCUCUCAAGUGUGGUGAAGGAUUCUUUCCUGUUGCUGGUAUUGAAAUAAGAUUCAGCCACCAGCCCAGUCACCUUCUCUACGUGCAGAGGUAUAGAGAGUUGGAAGGGACCACAAGGACCAUCUAGUCCAGGGGUCAGCAACCUUUUUCAGCCAUGGGCUGCCCCUCAGACCAUGUGGUGGGCCGGACUAUAUUUUGAAAAAAAUAAUGAACGAAUUCCUAUGCCCCACAAAUAACCCAGAGAUGCAUUUUAAAUAAAAGGACACAUUCUACUCAUGUAAAAACACGCUGAUUCCCGGACCGUCCGGGGGCCGGAUUGAGAAGGCGAUUGGGCCGCAUCCAGCCCCCGGGCCUUAGGUUGCCUACCCCUGAUCUAGUCCAAUCCUCUGCAAUGCAGGAAUAUUUUGCCCAACGCGUGACUCUGAGAUUAAGAAUCUCAUGCUCUACCAACUGAGCUGUCCAGCUUCCUUUCCUUUUCGUCCUGUUGCUGCUUAACAUUUCAGCAACCCAUAACACAGCAAAUGUGCAAUCAAUGUGCAGAAUAUUUCUUUCUCUAGGAACCAGCUCGACCACAUUAACCCUUCAUUUUCCAAAUAGUAUUGCCUUUAUAUCUGUUUCUUCCUCCACCUUUCCUAAAUUGCAAGUUGAUGUGGGGGAUCAUGAUCCACAGUGCAUCAAAGGAUAAAGGAUUUUUUAACCCUUUCCCUGCCACACACACACCACAGCCACCUCCACAAUAUUUCGUGAGUGAACACCUGGCUGCAAUUGUCUGCAAGCAGAGUUGCUAUUCCCUACCUGCAUAAAACAGAAUAGCAAACACUGGAUGCUCUUAAAUGGAUGCUUCCACAUCUGGAAGCAACAAAGUUCCCCUUGUAAUUUUUAACUAUUCAUUCAUUCAUUCAUUCACAAAACACAUACACAGCAUAACAGCAAUAACAAGCAAAAUAUCGAGCAGUUAGAUGGAUGGAGCAAUUAAAUGCCACAAUUAAAAAAAACAAACCACAGUCCUCCACAGCCAGGCCUAUAAGCAAUUCAUUAAUUCAAUACCAAAUUUAAACCAUGAUGUUUUUGGAAAGUACCUUGUUUUCAGGAUUACCAGCCAGACUUAGGAAUCUGAACACCCCAAACCAGCCUACAGUGGUAAGACUUUGCCAAAAAAGACUUUGCCAAACCAGCCUACAGUGGUACCUCGGGUUAAGAACUUAAUUCGUUCUGGAGGUCCGUUCUUAAAAUGAAACUGUUCUUAACCUGAAGCACCACUUUAGCUAAUGGGUGCUCCUGCUGCCGCCGGAGCAUGAUUUCUGUUCUCAUCCUGAAGCAAAGUUCUUAACCCGAGGUACUAUUUCUGGGUUAGCGGAGACUGUAACCUGAAGCAUCUGUAACCCGAGGUUCCACUGUAUAUCCUCUUUUUCUUAUUGUUUUUGUUUUCUUAUAGAUGAUACGAAGUUGAACCAAAAUCCAGAAGACGGUAAGUGCCUAAUUAUUUCUUGGCCUAGUGGAUAUGCAAAUGUGUGGGAAUGUCCAUGUUCUGGGGAUGUGAGGUGUGCCCUGAACUGCUGUUUCACCUGGGAUGACCAUAUGACUAAAGGUAAAGGUAAAGGACCCCUGAAUGGCUAAGUCCACUCAAAGGCGACUAUGGGGUUGUGGCGCUCAUCUCGCUUUCAGGCCGAGGGAGCCGACGUUUGUCCGCAGACAGCUUUCUGGGUCAUGUGGCAGCAGGACUAAACCACUUCUGGCGCAACGGGACACCGUGAUGGAAACCAAAGUGCCCGGAAACACCGUUUACCUUCCUGCCACAGUGGUACCUAUUUAUCUACUUGCACUGGUAUGCUUUCAAACUGCUAGGUUGGCAGGAGCUAGAACAGAGCAAUGGGAGCUCUAUGACUAUAACCCUGUGAAGGAAGCCACAGGUCCAAAUAGUUGAAUCCCCCCCUGACUGCCAUAUUCCUAAAACCUGGCAUUCAUUUGGUGAAUAUUUCUAUGCACAACUAUGGAGGAAGAAAGUAUCAAAAGUUUCUUUUUCUUUCUUUUUUAUACUUUUCAGAUUUAUACAUUUCACCAAUUUUACAAUCAUUUUGACAUUUCAAAACUUGACUUCCUUUCCCCUCUUUCUGCUGUUCCUUAAAUUUAUUUUUAAUAUCUUCUGCAUAUCCUAAUUAACUUAAUUUGCUCACUUAUUCAUCUUCUUUAAAUAUAUACUCUUAUGAAACUGCAGGUUAUUACAAGGAUCUUGCCAAUGUUUUUAUCUGUUUACAUUUUAUCUAUAAAUAUUCAGUAAACCAUUUCCAUUCUUUUAUAAAGAGUUUGUUUUCUUGAUUUCUUAUUCUUCCAGUAAGUUUCGCCAUUUCUGCAUAUUCCAAAGGUUUUUGUAUCCAUUCAAGUAUCAAAAGUUUCUUAAUUCACAAUAUCCUUAUUGCAUUAUUGUGACUUUUAUAACGUUUGUUAUUUAUUUUAUUAUUAUUCCUUUUUGUCAUUGUUUUUAUGGUUUUUUUUAAUGUGACGUUAUUUCUGCCCUGGGACUGUUUGGCAAAGGGUGGAUUAUAAAUAAGGAAAGCAGAUAACUGUAUCCCCAAAAGCCAAUGGCCUGGCAGGUUUACGAUAUCUCUCUCACACAAGACACGGCAAGCUGGCAGUUUUAUUAUUGCUAGUUUUAUUAAGUAAUUACAAAGUCUCUGCAGUCUGAGCUGCCUUUGCUCAGCCCUCAUUGGAUGAACCAGUUGGCUCUGCUGGAUGACAUGUUCUGCGCCAGCAGGAUAUUCUCCACCUUUUGCCCCACUUCUUGCUGGGCUUACGUUGCUCCCCCUUCAGUUAUGAGGAGAUUUGGGUUCAGCCAGUCCCUUCUCCUCCUCCUCUUGAGCAGAGUCUAAACAUGGCCUUUCCUCUGCAGCCUGCUCUGUCGGCUCUGUGCUGCUUUGAGAAGUGACAGCCAGCAUUCCAGAGCGAGAGGGGCUUACAUCACUCUCAAUGUGGGAAGGAAUCAAGUUUCUACUCCCCUCAGUCUGCCCUCCCUCCUCUUUGGAUUCUUCGCUGUCUGUCUGGGAGUGAACAUCCCUGACAUGCCCUGGCUCAACCAUAUCUUGGAAGGCCUAACUUUAACUGAGAUCCACAGUGGUUUUUUAGUCCACCCUAAAGGCAUUGUGAAAGGGAUGCGGGUUGCGCUGUGGGUUAAACCACAGAGCCUAGGACUUGCCGAUCAGAAGGUCGGCGGUUCGAAUCCCCGUGACAGGGUGAGCUCCCGUUGCUCGGUCCCUGCUACUGCCAACCUAGCAGUUCGAAAGCACGUCAAAGUGCAAGUAGAUAAAUAGGUACCGCUCCGGUGGGAAGGUAAACGGCGUUUCCGUGUGCUGCUCUAGUUCGCCAGAAGCGGCUUAGUCAUGCUGGCCACGUGACCCAGAAGCUAUACACCAGCUCCCUCGGCCAAUAAAGCGAGAUGAGCACCGCAACCCCAGUCGGCCACGACUGGAUCUAAUGUUCAGGGGUCCCUUUACCUUUACCUAAAGGCAUUGUGGGUAAUGGUACCCACAAAUGGUGUACCUUUCAACCUCAUUUUGAUAACUGAACAAACAAAGCUCGCCUGGCUGAUCCUUGUGGGUUGUUGUUUUUUUCUUUUGUUGUGGCUGUAUUGGAGUAAUUUGCACAUUAUCCCCCCAACCCUUAUGAAAACCUCCCCUGAAGGUUUGAGAGACGACUUCCCUGCAAAAAAAGUAGAAUCCCAGCUCCAUACAGGAACCAUCGUUGGAAUUGUGCUGGCAGUCCUGCUCAUAGCAGCCAUUAUUCUUGCUGGGAUCUACAUCAGAAGCAACCCUACAUCCCACGCUGCUUUGUUCUUCAUUAAGGUGAGUUUAACAGCAUAGUAAGCCCCAUUGAGGCUUGCUUCCAGGUGAGUGGGUGUUAGAUUGCUACUCAUGAGCCACUUCUCUCUCAACACUCCAGAGGUUUGCCAGUAAAAUAAAAUUGUGACCCAAAUCCGCCUCUUGAUCCCUAGCCAAGUGUUUUCCCUGCUGCAGAGUGCAAUUCUCCCUGGAGAUAAUCAACUUGAAAAAUGGUUGGGCAUCGAGAAAGAAAAUGACAAACCUUUAGGUUCCCAUCUCCUCAAUCUUCUCUCCUGGCUGGUCUUCACCCGUUACCUCCCUCUUUGGCACCAUCUUAAUUUGAUAAAAGGUAAAGGUAAAGGGACCCCUGACCAUUAGGUCCAGUUGUGACCGAUUCUGGGGUUGCGGCGCUCAUCUCACUUUAUUGGCCGAGGGAGCCGGCGUACAGCUUCCGGGUCAUGUGGUCAGCAUGACUAAGCCGCUUUCUGGCGAACCAGAGCAGAGCACAGAAAUGCCGUUUACCUUCCCGCUGGAGCGGUACCUAUUUAUCUACUUGCACUUUUACAUGCUUUCGAACUGCUAGGUUGGCAGGAGCUGGGACCGAGCAACGGGAGCUCACCCCGCCGUGGGGAUUCGAACCGCCGACUUUCUGAUCGGCAAGCCCUAGGCUCAGUGGUUUAACCCACAGCGCCACCCGUGUCCCCUUAAUUUGAUAUGUUACUCCAAAUAGCAUCAGAAUUCCCGCCCCCCCAUGUUGUUUUGAAAAUAAAGUUUUGAGCACCAGAUUCAGUACUUGCUGAAUACUGCUUCACAGAUUUGUAUGUCCUAUAUUUUCCGCAUUCCAUUUGGGGUCCUCAGCAGCAGUUCUAAUGCUCUGAAGUGUACCUAAGGCCCUAUACCUGAGCAAUCUUUGCAGAUGCUAUUCAAGAAGAAGACACUAAAAUAUAGAAAAUAAAUUGGUGAUGGCUUUACCUUUGAGGCUGUCAUUUUCAUGAUAUUACUUCUACAAAUAUAUUUAUGCAUCUGGCAGAAUUAGAAAGGAGGAGGGGGAAGGAACUCUCCCAAAUAUGCACAGUAUUUCUACAAAAUGAAUAAAACUUACUUCCGGAUAAUCACUGCAAUCCAGAGCCCUUUAUGAAGUUUGAUAUGCACGCAAAUAGCUUCUAUGUGACCAAACUGCCCUGUUUUAUUUUUAUUUUUCAAGCAGAGGGGAUAGUUCUCUGCAGGGCCUGUGCAUGCUGCCAUGUCCUUCCUUUUGAUCUGUCUGGAGAUCAGGAAGCAGCCUAUUUGUCCACCCAGCCCCGAACGGAUUGGCAGAGGCUUUUCUAAGGUCCUUCUCAUCACCUGCUUACCCAGUCUGUAAAUGCAAAAGAUUGAACCUGGGACUUUCUGUAUGCAAAAGCAUAAGUUUUGCCACUGAACUGUGGGCCUCAUCUUUAGGAAGGACAGCUCUGUGCACAACUCAUGCACAUAUCAGAAAUCGAUAGAUCGGUUUGAGAAUGUAUAGCAGCUUUCUCCAACCUGGGGUCCUCCAUGUCAGGAACGUGGCCCCCCAGAGCACAGGGGAAGAAUUAGACUCAGAAAUUGAACUAAGUGAACCAGAGAUUGACUCUGCAGAUGAGACCUGGCUGACAGAGUCGAGGAAGGGCAGUUCGACCCCCUUUCCCGGGGAAGACUCUGUUAGCUCUCAAGAAGAGGGAGAGUUGGAAGGCAGCCAGAGCAUUGCUAGGCAACCAGCAGAUAAGCAGAGGUCUGAGUCUUUGUCGAGUGGAAGUGGGGAGGGGGCAGGCCAGCCUCUCAAUCUUCGUUCUAGGCGACAGCGUAAGAUCAGAGGGCAACGGAAGGGCAAGAGGGGAAAGGCGGGAGUUUGCCGUCCUUCCUGCGGUGGGAGGGGUGAAAAUUCAGACUGACCAACUAUCGUAAAUGCGAGCAGGUGAGAAGCCGUGCUCUGGAUGUGUCUUUUUGUAAAUAAACGUACCUAAAACUGCCAGAGAGUCAUUACUUCUUAUCGUGGCUUGAUAGACUGCCAGAGGUCAUUACACUGCAGAUGUUUUGGACUGUAUCUCCCAUCAUCCCUGAUCACUGGCUAUGCUUGGUGGGGACUGAUGGGAACUGGGGUCCAGAAACACGCAACUUUAGGAAGGCUGAUGUAAAGUGUGUAUGUGUGCAAAUUGUUGACAGCCUUUUCACAUACCGACGCCCUUCUUUUCUUCACGCCACAGCAGAGACCGCACCAGUGGCCUGCCAUGAAGUUCAGAAACCACUCGAUGUACACGGAAGUGGAGCCAUCUGGCCACGAGAAGGAAGGUUUCGUCGAAGCGGAUCAAUGCUGAAGAAUGUGUCUUCUUUUUUUAAUUGCUCUCGCACCUUUAAAACGUCACCUCCCGUUUCCUGUUUAUUUCACGAUGAGCACAACUGA